UUGGCUUUGCGUUUCUUGCGUCUCUGCUCCCCAGGUUUUCCCCAAAUGAGUAAAAUUCUCGUAUUCAAGAACAGUGAGUAAGGUUGCAACUACAGCUGAGUGACUCUUGUAACAUCACCUGAGGGAGGUGCAUUUCUAUUUGAUGCGUCGCUGCCUAUCUGGUGGGCUGCAAGGAAGAUGGCCGCCACCAUGCCCGCCCGGCAUCCGCUUCUACUCGUCUUUUUUGCUACUGCAGCCGAAGUACUACCGCGGCCGGCUGUUGGAAUGGGGUCCUACAGCUUUACGCAUUGCAAAUGUUUUUGUUCUGUCUGCGUCUGGGUGUGAAGCAUUGCACGACUUGUCAUGUACGUUUAUGAAUAUGAUUAUUUUAUGUCUGUGAUAGUGAUUUUGAUGUGUGCCCUAGAAGCACCACAGACUCGCUGAUUGCUUCUUGAUGCCAAUCCCGCAUGAGGAAUACCACUUCCGAGGAAGAAGAAAACUGAACACCUCUACUGGAUUUUUUUAGAAUCCAAAACCAGCAUAACAAGUUACACCCUUUCAGACCGAGACCUAUUUGCAACGCAUAGUCUUUCCCGAGGUCGAAAUCACGAUAAUAUGGAAGCGUCAGAAUCGAAAUGCUAAAAUUGAAAAUAAAAAUAGACGUCGGUGAGUUCGUAGCUACUAUGGCACUCUUCGCGUUGAUGUGCAUGGUGCAAAGGCAUGAUCUAGUGCAAUUUCAUUGGUUACUAGAUAGUUAGCUCGCUCAAACGUGCGCUCGCGGACGAUGCGUGCGGGCGUGUUUUAUAAAUAUGAUUCAAAUACCUGCUCAGUUUGCGACGCGCGUUCUCUAUAAAACGCCCUGCCACCUCCACUAGGGGGCGGCAUGGUCUGUUUUCAUGCAAAUUUCUUGCAUGCAAAUUCAAAAAAGAUUUUACAACUUCGAGAAUUUCGAUCCUGCCAGCCCCAUUCGAAGAGAGCGGCCCGUAUUACAAAAGAGAAUCUGGCUAUCACAGGAAAAAAGUGUACAGGAGUUACACAUUUGCUAUAAUUUCAGCAUCACAAUGAAGUCAAAGUUGCAGCUCUGCAUGCCAAAGAAAACUUGUAAUGCGUAGACUACAACAAGGGAAAACACGCAUGAAAUGAGGCUGGCGAGCAUUUCCUGCAUGACAGAGGUUGUCUGUCUUGUUUGUCUUGCAUCAGAGUGUCGUGUAACUGUAAAACAUUUUUCAUACGAUACUGGCCAGUCGGACACGUUCGUGGACGGCAACCAGCUGAACCGAACCUGCACGAAGCUCAUUCAUGUACGCAAUGCAAAAGUGUUGAAAGCAAAGUAUCGCAAUUGCAUCAUAAAUUUCCUUAGCGUGACAGAUGGAAUUUGUAGUGCUGUUUUGGGUCAGGUGGAAGGCGAUUUGUUUUUUAUGCAUAUCUGCAAUUACUAGCACGAGUGCGAUAGAAGUACUUUUGCAAUGCAUAUCAUGCUGCUCCGAACCAUUGGUAUGCGGACUCCGACCCUCCCGCGGCCCCGGGUCUAUGACUUGCAAAUAUGUCUGGGCCAGGACGAAAGGCAAGCGAAUUCUGCAUAGUGUCCAUGUAGAACAUGCGUGCACUCCGCGUCCGCCAGAGGGGGAUGGGAAAACGAACAAGGGGAGGAACUGUAGGGGCCACAGAAUUUAUAACGCAUUGAAGCACAAAACAAGCGUCGAGAAGCGGACGGCGCAACGAAAAGGCGCGAAAUUGUACUGCCGGGCCACAUUCACAGGAGGCAGGGACCGGCAGGGUCGCUGCGCCAACCCGCCAUGGGCUGGGUGCUCUUUUCGGGCUCUUUGAGGCCAAUUGUCACUCCUGCUACGGCGAAGAAGUGGCGCAAAGAAGGCAAUGUGUGUUUUCCCAAGAGGAGGCGAUCGCGGCCGAACAGCCAAGCCCGACGCUGUCGGCGCGAUUACACAUCACAGCAGUUCCAACCUUCAGGCCCAUACUUUUCCCUUCUUCGUCUUUCCGGGCGUUAAAAGUGGAACCAGAGGCCGCAAAUCCAUCGCGGGCGUCUGAGUAAAUCCAUCCGAACCACAUCAGGGGCCUCCGACUUCGGAGCGGCCUGCUGGCUCUCGCGCGGCGUGGCCCGUGAAUGUUUCAAAGCAGGGACCGCUACUGGGCCGAUUGUCUUCGCCCAGAUUGCUGCUUCCAUGUCCCCGCGCCACCUGGCUGCGACAUACGGCAAGAGGGAUGGGUCUGCGGCGUUGUGUUUUCAAAUGAGGGCUGGCUGGGGAGGGAUGGUCGGAGAGGGUUGGUCGGAGAGGGUUGGUUGGAGAGGGUUGGCAGAUAUUUUUUUUUCAAGCUUUUGGCAGUAUUCAAACGACGUCAGAAUCACGCACGUGAUUUGUGUACAGUAGAUUUAAUCUGCAUGGUAUGGUCAAUUGGAUGCUGCUCCUAUACGCCACUUUCUAAAAGAAAAACGGCGUACAGGAGCAUGCUUCGCUUCACCAUACCAUGCGGGAAAAAUCUACUGUACAGAAACAAGUCGCGUGUUUUCGGCGGUCUGAAAGCUAGAAGUCGAGCCCUGCAAAAAAUUUUUGCAGACCUCGCGAGCAUUUUUUUCGCAAGAAAAUGUCGCGGCUUUUUCCCGCUGGCAACGAUCUGCGUGUCGGAGAUCUCGCCGCGCGGGUUGUGAAGCUGAUCAGCCCAAGGGAGAAACUGCCUCCGUGCGUGAACGCUACAAAAGGCCAAAACUAGCCAGCGCAUCGAGUUGGAAACUAGGUCUGCCAGCUUGCCCAAAUGCAUUAGCGGCUGCUUUCAAAAAGUCGAGAACCAAAUCAAACACAGCCGCCCACUGACUAGUCUCUCACCCAAAACAAAACUGCCUAAUUUCGUCAAUCGGCCGGGCAGGCUCAUUGUUGUAUCCUCCUCGGUGUAUCUCCUGUCGCAUGUCCCCGCCCAGAAAUGCGCGCAAUGCGGCGCAGGGUCGGCACAGUUAGACGCCCCUGUCCCGAAAUUUAAUAGCGAUGCAUGUUGUGCCGCGGUCGUUAUGAGUCGAGGGAGGGGGCGACAGGCGAAGGCUUUCCGGGAAGAAUGUUAAAGACGCUAGCUGGUUAGAGAAAGCUACUGCAGCGCCGUGAGUCCGGAUCUCACUAGCAAUACCAUGCCGGGUAGAUGUAUUCAGUCGGCAGCACCCGAGAAAGCUGCAGCCUUUUUUUUUUCGAAGCCGCGUUUCUUUUCAAUUUUGCAUGACAAACAAUGGCGAUUUGUACGAGUGCAGGAAAUUUACUAUGGAUACCUUCUACGGCGAGGAAGUGGCGCAAAGAAGGCAGGGCACAAUGCGAAAGGGAGCGCCAGUAGAAGCACGCAAGGGGUGGCCGGGGCCUGUGGGGUCAUUCAAACAAAGAAAGCAACGGCCCCGCCCGGCUAGCCACACUCCAGCUUGGCCACAGCCACCCGAGGGCACAAGGAGGGGAAGGCGCCGUGGGUGGCGACGUGCCACGCAGAGGAAGUAAGGCCCCGGGGGAAAAUGCGAACCCCCCCGGGCCUUGCAGACCAGACCUUGUCGGAAGGCAGCGACCACAGAAGAUGGGACAAAUUUCAAAGAUAUGGCUUUUCCCGGCCCCGCCAACCGGGAGAGAAGGGGCGGGGGCAAAUUAGAAGGGCGCCAAGCCUGCCACCUCCGGCGCGCUGCUUCCGUGCGCCCGGCCCCCUCGCCGGCUACUAGUAAGGUGCCACGCUCGGCGAACUAGCCCCGCGCGGUCUUUUUUGCUAGCAACAUGAGCGCCGCGCGGGCUUCUGUGGCUAAGUACGCUAGUCGCGGCCGUUGCCAUCGUUGGGCGCUUUUUGCUAGUCGUUGCCACCAAUGGCAAACACACCUCAGAUUCUGUUUUUGGUUAGUCCCGUCGGUAGCCACUUUGUGCGCCCGCUGUCUACUCAUAGUCAAGAUCUUCAACCUCAAGCCCACUCGCUGACUAGUUCAGCCCUACUGCGCUCCGAUCCCAUUUUCUCAACUUUUUCACCCCCAUCGCUGCCCAGUACCAGGCCGGCUGCCUGUGUCCGCAAAAACUGAUUAGUCACUUUUUUUGACUUGUAAAGAAGGCGAGCGGUUCUGCAUAGUUCACGACACAUCAAAAAUCUGUGUUGAGCCCGAAAAGGCGCGCGUGAGACUUUUGCUCCCCAAGAAGUACAAGCGAACGUCUGUUCAUGCGGGCUGGGCAUGCAUGGGCAUCGUGAAACGUUCACAAAAACUGUGGCGCUUGUGUGCGCGUUCCGGAUCCAGACCUGCAGCACAACUUGAAGCAAGCGUAUUCUUCGAGACCCAGACAUAGUUUGCAGUUGAUAUGGUGCCGGGGGUUUCUCUUCCGCAUAUGGAACAGAUGAGUACAAACAAAUGGGCGGGCUUCGGCGGCUCACGAGAGAAAUUAUAAUACAACCUGCGUAUAUGGUAGACGAGGACGGGGACGAGACCGAUGAGGAAAGUUCAAAAGUUAUCCAAAUCAAGAGGCGCCCCUCCUUGUUCCCAUGAUAUAUUGCGCAGCAACAUGAUUAUUACACAGCAGUACUUUCUGCAGGUGGAAGGCAUUGAUCUCGGGGAGAAGAUUACAAGCCCCCCUGUGCAGUAGGGAAAUUGAAAGUCCUAGCUGCUCGGCAUCAUGACAAAUGCCACUACGAUUGUAACCCAAUAAAGAGCUACAAGAACGCAUGAGACCGCUCAUGAAAUGCGCAGCCCUCGCCCCCACUUUACGCGACGAAACGGGCGUCGUGCCAUGGAGUUUUGGUUCGAUCGGCUAGACCCAGUCGCGGUUGAUUGGGGUCCGAUAUUGUUCCUCUGUAUGGCCGCACGAAGUACGGCUAAAGGUGCCUGAAAAGGCAUGAGAACUGGCCCCAGUCUUGAUGAUGUGUCAGACUGGGGAUUCGGCCCGCGGCUCUAGCGUUGAGGGUUCGAGUAGCCUCUUAGGCAGCCCCACAAUAUGGAGCAAGGCAUCGGGAUAAGGAUAUGGUUGGCAGUUGCCUCCUGAAAAAGACGUAUGCAGUUGCGGCGGACACACAGUGUGGUGUAGGAAAGGCUCCGUCGGAGCCUUUUUCUCUAGUUUUCCAGCCAGGUAGUGGGGGCUUUCGGCCGGGUUGGUGCAGAUUAAACCUCAAUGGUUUAUUGGGGCCAAACGGCACGGCAUGAGCUGCCUGUGGCAUUGCAGGAGAGAAGGCUUCGGCAGCCGGUAGGAUAGUUCUAUAGCUUUGGAUCGGACGAGCCCAGUUGACCGGCAUGGCAUAAGUAUGAGGCCGCUUUGGAUGGUUGACAGGCACAGGCACGAAGUGGAACCAAGAAAGAGAAAGCGCAGCGUGUCGGAGGUAGAAUCUUUUUUGGGUUGCAGGAAGUGCUCUUGUGACCUUGUGUAGCUUGUAGUUGGAGUUGGUACCCCCCCGGUCCGGCAAAACACUCCGGAAGAUGGCAGCCAUCUGUAGGACCGAAGAUGGUGCUAUGACUGCGGCAUUGCAGAUGAAGCAUUGGAGUAGUACAUGGCUUCUUGGGUGGUCUGUAGCCGUCGCUUGGCUCUGGGCAUCAAUGUGGUCUCCCGACUAUGACCGCGGGCGGUUUCUUUAUUUUGGUUUUCGUUCGCUGCGCCGCGGCGGUGCUCUGUGCCAGGUUGAAGGUCGUGCUCUCCUGUAGCCUACGAGGACCGUCGAGUAACCAAGACCCGAAGAACUUAUCGGACCCGAGGAACUCAUCGGAGCCGUGUUUUUGGGCGGUGUUGGUUGCUGUAGGGGCCCUGUCUGUCUAUCUAUCUAUCAUUUCUUUCGAAAACAGGUUGCUCUGUAGGGGGGUGGAGGAGGUCUUGGUAUUGGCGUUCUACGCGACAAAAGUCCACCACGCAUUUGCGUGCAGAAAUCUACCCGAUUGACGACCUCGAGUCCUCUCUUGAUUGAGUUUGGAAAGGGGGGAGAGCCUUUCACCACAAAACCAGUUCAGACGUACCCAGAGCUGGAUGGCCGCCUCACGUUCGAGGAGUGCGUGCACGCCUGCUUGUGGUAUUUGGAGCCGAGCGUGGAGAGAUAUCGGGAUAGAAACGUCCCUACGCCAUUAACUCCGGUCAGAAACUUCUAUCUAGUAACUCUCUUUGUUUUGUGACUAUUGAUUCCCGUUUAGGUAUCUAUAUGUCACUUUUCAGCCAAUAUUCUUGCAAAUGAACAAAAGCGUCACCUAUUUACUACAGUGCGCAGUCGCAUGUCUGACGAGCUGCGCAUUAUCAUGCAGACGCACCAUCUUCGUAGCUCCAUGCAAAAUGACGGCCGUAGAAUUUAGGAUCUUCGCGCUUCUCAGAGCUAAUUCUUCCAAAUUUUGUUUUCAAAACGAUGCGAGUUUUUCGUCUCUUCUAGCGUACUAACGCAGGACUGCCCACUCAACUAGUAUCAAGCCCAUGCCGCGUCUAAACGUCUAGAGAACGAAGACGCCCAACAGCGUUGGGCCUGACAUCUCGACCUUCGCGCCGUUUGGUUUUAGAGCUUGGGGCCUAGAGUUUCGGAUUUCUCGCCGUUGGCCAGCGGCGGCCGUCCUGGCGCAGCCACUAGUGACCUUAGUUCGGUUCGCGCGGCCCUGGUUGUACUUUUUGACAUAAAUAACCGAGACAAUGCAGCUAUCUCCUUGCGCUUGCGUGAGCGCCACCACGUGCUUGCUCCGCGGGUCGCCUCAGUUCGUAGGCCAGGAACUGUGGCCAGGCUACAGCUUGCGUCCUGAGCCUCAGCCUCUUCAAGUUAUGCACGGCAAACCUUCCUGGGUCUGGAUCUGGAACACAAACAGCGCAAACCUUGUCAUGCGUGUUUUCUAGGCCCCCCAAUUCCAAUGAGCAGGUCUGGGAUUCAAGACGUAGCGCGACAGAUUCUGCGCGGUCUUUCUCUUGCCUCUCCUUGAUGAGAAAAUCCCUCUCAACUUUCUCCAACAGUGAGCAACUUUUGGCAAUCACGCAGUGGAGACUUUUGCGUGACCCGCGGGACGUCUCAGAAGUUUGCGACUUUCUGGACUGAGUCAUAUUUGCGACGCGUAGGCACUAGUCGGCGCACUGCAAUGAGCAGCAUAGCACCUGCUCUACAUUGGGCCCGUAAAUGGAGUACUAUCUUCACUCUUUCAGCAAUUUCGAGCUCCCUCGUGUCAAUGUGUGAAGUCUUCUCGUGCCUCGAUUCGGUCUUUUUGGAGAUGAACAAAAACGCACCAUAGUGAAGAUUGCAACGCUGCAAGACAGCUCUAGAAUUUUUGUGACUCAUGCGUGACACGUUUCCUCGGCUAUGAAUUGUAGUCGUGCCUAUUUCUCGGUCGCAAUCCUGAUGCGCCGAUCGCAUCCUAGCUCAUAUCAAAUUUAGAAUCGCGAUUUAAUGACAUAUCUACCUCGGUAGAUCCUUUUCGUGUAGUAACUGGGAUUUGGGGUCCCCCGUUCGCACUAUAUCGGCUGGCAGAUCCGUAGAAGCUAUUGCACGUUUGCGAUCUCCUCCCCUAGAGUGGGGAGGAGCGAUGUAGAGUCAUCGAUAUGUGCGUCUGGGGGACGUAGGUUUAGGUGAAUUUUUGCCCUUUUGUUCUACACCGAAGUAGGUGGCGCCAGUGAGGGCAUCCCCCAGCGGGGGGAGUUUAUUCCUUUUUUCUCACCAUAGAGGGUGGCCCCAGCGGGGGCAGUUUAGCGUGGGCGCGAAAGCCAUUGUGAGUUAGGGCCAGCAAGGCCACAGCAGGUUGCUACGAUUUCUUUUUCAAUCCAUGUCUUCGUAGAGACAUGGAAGUUUUCUGAUACUCAUGCUUCAACUGCGCGGCAGGUGAGUACUUGUCUUUGAAGAGCUUGAGGCUCUGUUUAUUUUUGCUCAAAUGAAGGAAGGUCUUCAAAAACAAAGGAUACGCGCUCAGAGUGUUAGAUCGGAAAUUGGAUCCGACAGUGUGCGGAAUGUUAGAUGUAGGGCUCGGGUAGCUAGGUCGCUUCUGAGGCCCCGCGCCAAGUCAACCUUUCUCUCUUUCUCUUCUACUACCAGGCUGCUGUAGUGCUUUUGAGGGCAGAUAGUGGUCCGUUCCUUUCCAGAUCUAAGUCUCAGUAGGUGCCGUUAGGGCGAUGUGUGGAUUUGUCUUACCUUGUCUAUCACAACUUUGAUUGCAAACAUGGCUCGGGGCCGCCCGCAUACGUAUUCAUUUAGAGGGCCAGCGCCCAGUGUCUUCGGGACACGUUCUCCGCAAUCUUCUCACGCAAGAGCAUGGCAGGCGUUCAAAGUGCAGAAAGGCCUGGAGCAGGCCCGGGAAGUUGGGAUUGCGGAUUUUCGACAGUUUGCCGCUUUUCUUUUGGCCCAGGGGUUUACCUCUGCGGCGGGUUACCUGUCUUCAGCAGUGACGCUAGAAGGGGAGGCGGGAAGAAUUAAAAACAUUUUAUUCCCCCGGCAGCUCCUCGGUCUGCAGCGGGCAAUCGGCCGGUACUUGAAAUCGCAGAACCUUCAACCGAAGAAGGCAACGCCCAUCUUUUUGGCUUCCCUGGGCCGUAUGACACAGCGGGAGAAAGAAAUUUUAGUAGUGGCCUCGGCGCUAGGGAUCCGUGGCGACACCCUGACGGCGAUUAGCCGCUCGCAGGUCUUCCUGCGUAGGCAGGGAGGUGUGACCCGGUCAGCAGCUUUGAUGGUCCGCAAGGACAAAACCUCGCAGCUACGCCGCAUGGAGGUGCUCUGCAUGUGUAAGAAGAGCCGGGUGAAUGUUUGCCCGGUGUGCUCAGUUGAGAACUGGGCCACGUUGUUUCCGAUAUCGAAGUGCGAGUUCAUGUCUGCCUGUAGGCUAGCCGAGACGAGUGGCCAUGGGCCACGUCGUACGUGUGCGAUCACGUCGCGCUUAGCAUGGAAUAGGAAGAAAGCCGCCAAAGCUCGGCAAAAGCUUGUGGCGGUGGUCUCCAAUAGGCAGGGCUGGUCUCUUCAGGCUAGGAGCCUGUCCUUUUUCGAAUACAGUGAUGACUUUGCGCGAUUCUCUGACCAGGAGCAGCAGCUUCUAUGCUGCUGGUCUCCGGAGGAGGACGACCUGGAGUGAACGCCUGGUGCAUUAUGUUUCAGCUCGAGCUACAGGCACUGCACAGCUGGAAACUUCCAAAUCGUUUUCUAAAAAACCAGAGUCCGCAUAGCGCAGAAAUAUAUUUGCUUCACUUUUGUCCAGUGGCGGUCUGUUCUAUUUCGUGCACGAGUCGCUCGGAAAUUGUUGCUACAUAAAUUUGUUGGUCCCAAAUCUAAAAUCUGUCAGAUCUUGAGCCCAGGGCUAGCCCGAUUUUUCUUGACAGAUACGAAAUGCGAGUGGUUGAGUAUGUUUAGGUCGGUAUGGGAAAAUCUUUGAUCGCAGCAGGAGACGCUGCUUGUAAAUGGGAUCUGGGCCCUCCCCCCCCCUCCCACUUUGGGUUCAGACCGGUUUCUUCUCGCUUAUUUUCCACGUACAGGGGACCACGUUAGAUACGAGCAAGUGUAUCUUGCCACUUAGUUCACAUUCACACUCACAUUGAGCAUCGCUUUUAGGUUCAGAUACAAGAUGCCCGCGAAAGCAAAAGCAAAGGCGAAGCACCCGGCCAAAGCUAAAGCUCCGGCCAAGCCCAAGGGGAAGGCGCCGCCCCACAAGGCGAAAGCGGUUAAGGCGGUCGCUAAACCGUUUGCGAAAGUGAAAGCCCCGCCGAUGGCGGCCCCCGAAGUUGAAGAAGAUGAGAUUUGCGCUGCUCUUCUCGCGGAGGAAGAGGGCGAGGCGGGUCCGGCCCGCAAGGGCCCGCCCCCGGUGAAGAAGCGGAAGGCCGUGCAAGAUUUUAGUGACAGUGAGGUCGAGGCCUUUGGGAUCUCGCGAUCCGAAUUAUUAGCGCACCAGCGGGAGCCUUCCCCACUUGAUUCGCUGUCCUCGGUAGAUGUGCCCGCGGAGAGCCUGGCACGAGCUGUGCUGGACUACAACGGUGUUAGGUCGCUCCACAUCUGCAGUAGCGUGGAGAUCAAGGCGCUUAAGGGCAUCAAGGCCCUCAAUGCUUCGGAGCGGGCCGAAGUGAAGAUGAUUUUGUCGUCCGCGCCUAAACAUAGAACCGCGCAGACGACUCGCUUCGGGAUUUUCUUUGCAGACCAUUUCACUGAACAGGCUUACGGGGUACGAGCGAAGAUUGAUGCUAGGUUGCCGCUCGAGGAUCUGGCGUCCUACUACAAAGCCGAAAAGGGGUCGCCUACCACUAACGUUAUGCUGAUUCGCAACACACAUAAAGUGCUCCGGAACUCCGACCUGGUUUCAGAGGCGGAGUUUCAUGAUUUGACUGCCCUGGGGGAGUCGCGCCGGCUGGAUCCGGCUCAGUACCGCGAUAUCCUGAACGGCGAAGUGCGCGGGGGCACACAGGGCUUCGGGGCCCGUGUCGUUGGGCAGAUUCGCUCUUUACAGAUCCCGGCACCGCCUAAACAACUCGCUCCACGUCCCCCGGGUCCGGGUCCUGCCCCGCCCGGGCGUGCUUCUUCCUCCGGAAUCCCUAAGGUCUGGGAUCCGGUGAGAGGUGAAGAAAUUUUGGCUACUACUUCCAACGUGGGGAUUGUUUGCCACGACUUUCUUCGUGGCCGCUGUAAUCGCGGAAGCAGCUGCAGAUUCCCGCACGUGUUGCGGUCUCCCUUUGUGAUAAAAGAUUUGAGAGGGGACGCGCAAGCGCCUCCGAAGUAGGCACUGCAGCAUGUGCAGUUUAGUUUUAGAGGUUGGCCCUCGCCUUCGGCCAAGUGGGUCCGUCGGCGUGUUGCUUUUUACUACUCCUACAUGAACAAAUCCAUGCUGGCCUGGUUGCUCUUGGAUUUUAGCUCCUAGCGAAAGCUUUGCUCUGUUGUGAGAACAAGAUGUGAGUGUGAUUGUUGUGAGUGGAAAUUAGAAACGUUCCGGGCCCCCUUGGCCUGGUACUUAUUUCGCGGUCUGGCGUGGCCAGGCUCGCGGGGUGUUCCCUUUGUUGCCCUCGGUCUACAUUGCUCCCUGCAUUCCGUCUCUGUUGAUUAGGUGUAGAUGCCGGUUAGAUUCCGAGAUCGGAGUGGUAGUUGUGCUCACGAGGUGUUUGUGAGCUGUUAACCUUCGGUCGAGAGGAGAGUGGCUCUUCACCCCCCGUGGGUUGUCUUUCAUUGUGUAGCAUAGACAUGCUCAGCGGUCGGUCUCGUGUUGCCACGGGGAUGAGGGUUGUUUGGCACUGGCGGUAACCAAUCCGUUACCCUUGCAAACUCACCUCCUUGGCGGCGCGGUACUUUGUGAUCGUUAUGCUCAUGCUCUUCUCACCCCUCAGUUCCCGUGCUGACACGAGACCGCGCCCAGGUUGGCUACUUAGUACACUCGCUUUUCUUGUUUUUCACAUUCUGGUGGUUUUUCUCUUGUCGCUUACACCACAGGGUGUGGGUGCUAUCUGGGCCCACCCCCCACACUCUACUGUGGAACCGUCGCGAGCGACGGUUUCGCCUUUUUCCUUUGAGGGAGAAUUUUACUUCCGUUUCACAGAGUCGCGCUCGCCAGCGUAGUGCAGCAUCAGAAUGGAGUCCUCGCCGGCUGACAAGGUUUCUGCCUUUCUCUCUCGGGUCCAGCGGGACCGGGACAGGUUUCUACCAGGUUUGUCGCAGGACAGGAGCCACCCGGCCUUUUCGGGUCGGCGACUGAUCUCGCGGCACAACGAACAGUGCCUGCGCGAAGGCCACAGCUCGUCCUUUGGGGAUUUCUCGGACCGGAUUCUGGCGGGCGUUUACUGGCUGGCCUGUGCCCGGGCGGACCCAGCGACCGUCUCUCGCUCGGAGCAGGUCUUGGCAGGUGGUUGGAAGGAUACCAGGCCAAUCCGGUCGAAGUUCAACUUCGGGGUUAUUGAGAAGAUUGGCAGAGAGUCUGCUUUUUCGGGUUUCUCGCAUGUAUGGCGGGUUUUAGCUUCCGGGGGGGAAUCGGUCGGCCCCACUGCGGCUCAAGACUUUUGGCCGUCGAAACUCAUGAAGGCGUCGGAGGGUGGACGUUUGCCCCCGGCCCCAACUACCGGCUCCGGUUCGGGGGACCUAGCAGCCUCGGUUGAGGGUGCGGAAAAUAUUUCGCGCCUGCGGCAGCGCAGCUCAUCGUGGAUGCCGGGUGAAGAUGUCAAGCACUGCUGGGAUACUACAAUCCAAGAAACCGAGGACGGCUGGCUCCAGGGUCCUUUUACCCUGGACGAAGCUUGGGAAAAGGGGGCGCGCAUCCUUCUGACUCGUUUUGCACACCAUGAGGCGGACAAGAUCCGCCUCUGCGACAAUGGUGUGCCUUUGAAUGUUUGCUCCGACAUCUCGUCGUCGAUGCCGAUUCCGUCGGUUCAUCAUGCUCUCGCCCUUGCUUCGAGCUCGGCGAUUUUACUAGAAGAAGGCGGCCCGCCGCGGGUUGACUUCUGGCGGGAUUUGCGGGUGUUUGACCAAGGGGGCAACCGGGCAGACCCCCUGGCCUGUGAAGAGUAUGAUUUUGAUCCUUUCCCGGAUGCCCGCCCGUCCGACCCGGGCUGGCGGGAGGUUGCUUGGGCGGCUUUGGACCACAUACCGAACUUCGACGCAGCGGAGGAUGGUGCGGACCCUGAGGGUGCGGGGCUCUGCCAGUGGGUUAUCGACAUUGCCAACGCUUACAAGAAUGUAAGCAUUUCGAAGGCGGGGAGCGCGACGAACUGGAUCGGGGUUUUCGACCCCAAGGCGAAGGCCUACAAAGCCUUCCGCGGCCUCACGCUCCUGUUUGGGAACAUUCACUCCGUUACGGAGUGGUUGAUUGUUGGGCAGUUUCUGGCCUUCUGCGUUCGGUGGCUUUUCUGCGUGGCCUUGAUCAUCUAUAUAGAUGAUAUGACCGGCACGGCGCCCCGCAGGGUUCGCCGUCUCCUGAUGCGCGCCAUUGUGUACAUGUUGGAGGUUUUGGGUUUUCCUUGGAAGCCGAAGAAGGUCAAGUGGGGGCGCACCGCUUUGCGGGUUUUGGGCUUGGAUUUUGACGUGUCGCAAUCGCCUCCCACGAUGCAGUUGUCGGAAGUGAAGCGCGCCACCCUUCGGGCGGCCCUGGUUGAAGUCUUGGGGGCGGGGGAGCUCAGUCCCGCGCGGGCUUCCACCCUUUCCGGGAAGUUCCUUUUCCCCUUCUCACUGCUGGUGGGCCGGCGUCUAAAUGGCUUGCUGAAGCCGGUCUUUCGGCGUGGAGGUUUGUUUCAUUCUCGCGCCACCUGCCUUCCCUUGGGUUCCGGUUGUGCGGCGAGCUUACGCUUCAUGGCGGCCUGCCUCCCGGUCCUUCCUCCGAUUUCCUUCUUACGAGUGGGCCUCCCGGUGGAGGUGUGCUACUCGGACGCGAGUUGGAAGCGGGGGCGAGGUAUUCUCGGCGGGGUCCGUCUUCUGCAGGAGGGUGCCUUCCAGGCGUUCCGCCACCCGGUCUCGCGGGCGGAUAAUUUUCCAUCCGCCUCUUGGGGGUCUUUCCCGAUCAACGUGUUGGAGAGUUUUACACCGGUCAUUCUGUUGAUGCUCUGGGGCCCGACCUUGUCGCACAAGCGGGUCGUAUUCUUUCUGGACAACACCACUGCGGUGGGGGUUUUGCGGAGUCGAUCGGGCGAGCGCGCUCACCUGUCGGUGGUAGCGGCUUUAUUUUGGAGUUUGUGUGCCCGUUUUGCCAUAGUGCCGUACUUCGAGUGGCUCCCCUCCGGGGAAAAUGUUGCUGACGCGACUACCCGCGAUGCACUUUGGGCGCAGUUCUGUCGGGUGGCUAGGGUGCAGCUUCAUUCCUGUGUCGCUUUGGGGGAUGAGAUUCAGAGGUUCCUGACCACGGUGGCGACCCCGCUUGAAGAUCCUUGUGAGCUGCUGGAUUCUAUUCCGGCUGAGGAGUUGCUGGCUCAAGUUUGAGCCACUCCGCGAUGUUUUUUGCGCUUGCCCUGUACCCUUUUGUUUUGAGAUCCGCCUGUGGACUCAGUGUGCAGAUGUUUCUGGACGGUAUGACGUCUCUUCUUCAAAUACAUUUUCCACCUUUGGGUAUGCGAUUUACUGCUUCGCGGGCCCAGGCUUGUCAUGUGAUCCCACUCAGAAAACAGUGUUCCCACUUCUACCACUGGCGGUUUUGUUUGGGUUUCUUCCCGUGUCUACUUGUCCCUCGCUUUGGGAUUUCGUUUGUUCCACUUCGGCGUAGGGCCUUGCCGAGGGCAAUUGGGGCGGGGCUGGGUCUCCCCUCAUUCAACCACCUGCUGUGGGGUUCUGAGGGGUCUUGCCCUGUUUGGCAAGGUGGUGGUGAGGCGUGCUGGGCCUCGGUUUUGGGAGGUAGGCCCAGGACGCUUUACCCAGCCCCAACGGCGCGGUCCAACGGGCCGCUCGGGUUUAGGGAUACCACAUGGAAGGAACGAAACGAAAACUAGAAAUAGAAUUAUGAAUACGCCUCCCCUGUGGAGCUGGGUGAGAAAUGUUCAUCCGCUCGUGCGAAUAAGUAUGCAUCGACAAGCCUGAGCGGGGGUUGGGGGCGUUUUUACUAUGGGUAGCCAAGAAGAACACGACAAUACCGACAAAAUCAAUACGACGGCUGUCGUAUGGAGUGCAAAUGUGUCUACGUCUGGAAGAAUGCAAGACUUGUCAGGUUUAUCUAAAAUGGCUCUGGUUUCGUGACGCGUGUGCGCAAAGAGCUCCCCUUGCGUGCGAUGUGUCGAUGGCAGUGUGCGUUUUAGAUUUUCAUGCGCAGCGCAUACCUGUGCGAAGAUCUUUCGUGCUUGUUUGUUGGAUGGAAUUCUUCAGCUUAAGUAGGCCCAUGCGACGACGCCUCUGCAUUUUCUUUUCGUGCGCGUCUCGCUUUCCUUUUCGCUUUUGAAAACUCCCAACCUUCAUCCUGGCUUCUCUCGGAAGAAUAUGCCUGAGAUGAAAACGCAAAGGCAGGCCGCUUCUUUGCUUUAUUCGGAAGAUCUCCCAGAGGCAGGAAAAGCGAAAAGCCCCGACGUUGCUCACAGAAGUGGCCAGCUUUGGCCACAUCCGCAUAAAGUUUAAAAAGCGGAGGACGCUUCUUCUUGGUUACAGAAGGUGCUACGUUUUGGCUCCUUCCCCAAGUGCAGACGUGGAAGAAGGCAAAAAACUUUGCUGUUGUUGGGAAAAGUGGCCACCUCUAGUGUCUUUUUCUUUGAAGUGCCAGAUCAGGAAAAGCCCAGAACCAGAAGCACCCCGCUAUACGAAAGUGGCGCGCUUCUGCUUCUUCGCCAGGGGCCAGAAGCAGAAAGAGCCGGCGCGCUCUUUUUCGUUUACAGAAGCGGCCAGCUUUGGCGCUGUCCCGGACGGCCAGACCCGUGCGAGAGCUACAAGCCAGACUCUUUUGCUAACGCGGGGGGUGGUCAGCUCUGGCCUUUUUUGUCCAAGGGCCCGAUCCUGAUAUCGCCAGAAGCUAUCUUUUCUGGCCACGAAGCAAAGUGAUUGGCCAUCUUCGAAUUUUUUUUUGGGGUCAGUCAAAAUCGGAGAAACCCGAAAGCGCCGCGCCUUGCUUGCCUCCUUUCUCGGUAGUUGUCAGCCUGCAGGCGGUCCGCGAAGGGAUUCCUUAUCUUCUGAAGCAGCGAAAUGCGUUGCGCCAUUAUUUCUGCCGCAGUUUAUUUUUCGCAAGGUAUUUUUGCGCCCCCGUUUGUUUUCAGCCUACGGAAGCUGUCUGCCUGUCGGCCUGCAGAAUUCCAAGCCUACCUUGCAUGCGUCAAAAGGUGGGGAACUGCCCCCCAAACCUUGCUUCUGCGGGCUUACUUUUUUGUGCGAAAAAAAAAGCGCGAACAUCUACAGAAGCCCCAAACCUGGGGAGGCCCAUCAAAAAAACACCGAAACAGGAGAACCCGCUAUCGUUUCCGUUUGUUCCUCACUCUUGCGCCCACUUUUUCCAUCGCUGAUUGUCGGGCCUCUCGAUUGUUUAGCUUUUGUUCCAUUUUUCUGAAGAUCCCCAUCCUUCAGGCGGUUUGGUUGCCUCCUUUUGAAGAGCUCGCUCCAUUGGUUUGUCCCUGGUGCGUGCGUACUUAGCCGUGCAGUUCUUGUUUAAUUACCCCUGCGCGCAUCUUCGUUCUCGAAUUUGGCAGCCCCCUAGACGAUUCAGAUCGGCAUUUGCAAUGCAUAUGUCGGGUGUGAGGGCAUAGUCUAUGCGCAUGGUGGCAACGCGGAAGGCCAUUGCUGGAUAAAGCAAAAACGUUGCUGCGAGCAUGAUAAUGGAGCGACAGCGGGCUCGGGUACAUACAGUAAAGAUUUCAAGCCUGUUCCCGCAUAUAGUGGCGAGUUCUACCUGAAGCGUAUGGGAGUGCCAGGCUCGAAAUCGGCAAGGCUUAAGUAACUUGUGCCGCAUGAAGUCCGAGGCACGAAGUUCCUGUGUUGCAAGGAUGACAAAUGAGAGUGACAACUUUAAUAGUGCUAGCACGGCAAAAGCAAAACCAAAACAAGUCAUAUUUGCACAGGUAGCGUGGCAAGCAACCGGGCCGAAGUGCUCCCAAAGGUUCUUGGCGCGCGCCGCGUAGAAGAUGAUAGAGGCAUGGGUUUUAUUAUGUCUCACAGAGUAUUUCCUUUUCCACCGUGCCGACGCCGAGUUAAUGCCUGGCGCGCCCAUAGCUCGUACGUCCGUUAUAAUGGACGACGAUUGCAAGUCCAAGGUCAAGGCUAUGGCGCUCGCAGACGUUCACAACCACAAGCACAACACCCACGCGAUCAAAGUAGUGGCAUUUCGAUUAUUGCACAUAAAGGUAGUCUUCUGGCUCGAGAGGGUACACUAGAGGUUGGCUCCUGUAUUCAUGGCAAGUUCUAUUUGAGAUGCUAGAUUGUGGCAUUGAAAUCAGCGCCAACGCUGUCUUGCACGGAUGACGCCCAAUCUGCUCCCCGCUUGCGCUUUGCGUGACAAAUUUAUCAUGCAAACAGCGAUCUUCAAUUGCGUAGCCGUAACGUGUGUGAGCGUCAUAAACACCGCAUUGCGGCCGUUUUUCACGGAAGUGAAGCCGAAUGCUGUCUCGCCGACUUGGAAGUCGCUAUAUCCUCUGUAAUAACGUCGACCUCGACAACCCCGCACCAGACAGAAACGCCCCAUACUUCUCAUGCGUAUUUGCAUGACCCAAAUGCAAAUCGAAAUCGAAUGGAGUCGCGUGCGCAGGUCCAUGACGCCGGGCAUUUAUUUCUUGAUGUUGUUUACUGUCUGGGAGUAUGUGGCGCUCGGAUCAGGACAGGGAACUCGAUUUGUAGUGCGGCUGCACCAGGCAGCUCCAGCUAAGCACGAGGACCUUUGGUCGCACGAGAACUUCUUCUGCUUUUGUAGCAAAUUUCCUCUUUCGGCUAUGGGUUCCUGGAGAUGUCUUUACUCAGGAUAGGAAAUUGGGACAGGUUUCCAAGGACACUGGCUCUGGCCCCGAUGGCCCCAAGGUUUCGCAUAAGGUUUUGGACCCUAUCCUAUGUGAAAACGUCCGCAUCCCAUAGUGAAGAUGGGGAAUCAGCUAGACAAAUCCACAAGCUUUGGCUGUUUUGCGUGACAAAUUUGAACUCGUAGCAUAGUGCUGCUUGAAGUAGUUCAGUAGCAUCACAGAGCUACGCUAUCAUGCUGAUUGGAGCAUGACAAAUUCGCUCCAUCAAGACACGACUACAGUAGAAGGACUCUCAUGGGGCUCCGCAUGAGGAACAGUCUCAGCAUGCUGAAUUGCGUUUACAACUAUAAUUGGGUGUUUAUGUACUGGAAGAGACCAAAAUAAAGCAACUAUAAUGGGGUGGGGACGUUUUUAAAUGCGAUAGAUCCCAAAAAUCCCUCAACGACAAUUACAGUGGAGUACGACCCAGUAGCUUAUUAAAUGCAAAAAUAUCUCGGUCUGGAAAUAACUGUAGCGCUUGUCUUCAUGCGCAUUUUUUUGCAUGUUGACCCACGAUGUUUGUCAUGUGCGCCCCAGCAUUACAGGGUUUGAGAGAUCUCCCCUCCGCGUAGCAAAAAGUGGAGUCACCUCGUCUUUUUGCUCAUGCAGUACAAACUUUCACUUUCUUGAGAAUCCAAAGACAGCGUAAGUAAAACGCUAUGGCGUUCUCGACUGUUACAUUCUCAACUGUUGCACGAAUUUGCAAUGCAAGAGUAGAAAAGUCAAAGGGGGGAGGCUGCACAUUUAGCAUUACAAAUUUCGCACAGAUUUAGUUGCUGUUGAGCCCUUCGCAAAUUUGUCAUGCGAAGCAGCAUGUUGAUCGUGUGGAUGAUGGCAGUGCUUUUGCAUGACAAAUUCAUGUAACAGUUGAGAGUGUAACGGUUGAGAACCCCAUAACGUUUGCAGCCUUCCAGAUUCAGGCGUCGGAUUUGCAGUGGAUAGGUCGCUUCUUACUGAAGAAAUGCAAUCCAGUAUCGCUAGAAAAAGCGGCUUCAUCACUGUGAGCUUGUGAUGCAGACAACGAAGCACCAAAAAAAUGGUUGUCUUCCUACACCUGCAAGACAUUGGAUUUGCAUAGCGUCUUUUAUUCCCUUGGGAAGUGCGCAUGGCAAAUUUUCCGUGUCAUGUGUAACAAACAGGUGAAGAUGCAGGUCUUGCAAAAUCACCACAGUGAAGCAGUUUUUUCGUGGGAUAUCCAGCCCGCAGGAGCAGCAGUGCAAGAAUAUUGAAGAAGAAAACAUCCCAAUUGUAAGUAAGUUUUUUCGAAAAACAGUACUGCAACAAAUCUGAUCCGUAGAAGGACGGCAAGAGUAAUUAUGCGCAGGUAGUACGCGACUGCGAACGCAUGAAGCUAGGCUAUGACGCAAUUUUUUUGGUAUCAUGCUGGUAACUGAUUAUUUUAUUUUUUUUUUUUGCGUCUGCAACUUCUUACUCAAAGUGUUUUUUUCAUCCUGGAUACAGAAGUUGCGCGGAGUCGGUCCGUGGUAUCUAUGAAGUGCCAAUAUGCCUCGGUCGGGAAGUUUGAAUUUUAAUUUUUGGAGUUGCUCCCGAUACUCGCACGACUGCAUAGUAGUCCCUAAUACGGCAGCAUAACAGUGUCAGAAGGAGAAGUUCUUCCGGCGCCUUGUUGUUGUUUGUUGCAGAUUCAUUCUUAGAAGUAGAACGCAGAUCAAACUCUUUUCCAGAACGAAAAAAAACUGGCGACUCGUAUCCAUGCGUCACAGAUCUUGUUGUCCGCGGAAUCAUGCAUGACGAACUGCUCAUACCCAGACAUAUUUGCAAUGCAUAGCUCAGAGAGAAUGACGACGGGUGGAGAUUGUUCGGCCGGAUAACAUAUCAGAUGCAAAUGUGUCUGCGUCUGGAGAGUUGGCACGCAAGUCUGAAAGCCAGCAGCCCAAGCGCUUCGCAUCAACAGCCAAGCUGCAUGAGGAGUUUUUGAUGUCACGCUUCUGUGCUACGCGUAGCUCAUGAAAACUAGCGCCGGUAUCCCAUGACAAACAGGCGGAGCCAUUCGCUCGCUACUUAGGAUGACAGAACUCAGAGUCAACAUGCCAGACAAUAUCAAUAACGACGUUGAAUCUCUAAGUGACUCCUGAGGCGCACCAGUCGGGUGUACAUGGCAAAUGUACUUAUCAACCAAUCAUCCAGAUCCGGACUUGGACAUAUUGGCGUCUGAUAUGUUCCCUAUUAAGGACGAAUACACCGCGGGAUGGACGUAUGGAGGUGUCAGGUUCGAAAUCGAUAGAGCUGAAGUUAUGGUGUUUCCUAAUGCAUACACUUGGCGUCCGUUGGGUUCUUACCAGGCUCUAGGCGGCGCAUCGAGAUCCGGCAAAAAAGGCAGUUUUUCCAAGCACCGGGACCCGCCAAAUGUGGGCAGCAUCCAUGGGCCGACAAAAAGAGCUGCUUUCUUCGCCACUCUUUGCAGCUCAAUAUCUACCCCUCUACAGGCUACUUACAGUUUAUGGAUGUGUCAGGAUCGAAAUCGACAAAAUCGAAAAACUUGCGAUGCGUAAAAUGUAGGGCGCUGGGGGCCUUUUUUGCGGAGCAGGCAAAUGAGACCGAUCGUAAGCCUGCUAAGGGGUAUGCAAUGUGUUGCCAGAGUAGCAUGACCGGCGCAGUCUUCUUUGCCCAAACAGCAUGACGCAUUGGAUUUGGGUGCUCCCGAAAUUUGUCACGUGCCACUUACAAACUGAGGCCCCAACUGGUAUCGAUUUUAUGCAUCGCAAAUUUUUCGACUUUGUCAGUUUCGGUUCUGACACUUCCAUACAAUGAAUUGGCGCACUUGCCUGCUGUCCGAUCAUGCAGAUACUUUGUGCCUUGUCGCGUCGCUUGCACUUAUUUAUGCAUUACAGAUUAUUUCCCCUAUGUCGAUUUCAAGCCUGGCGCUGGCGCUCGCAUAGAACCCAGGGCAACUUUCUGAGCACCUUCGAAGGUUGCUUCGAGAUGUGCUUGGCCAUGAAGAAUUGCGUCGCCUUCAUUCUUAUGCGUCACAGAUAUGUCUGGGUCAGGGAAAAUGACUGGUAUAUGGAAAUUCUGGAGCACAGAAGUCAAGCUCAAGUGUUUGCGUUGCAUAAGCGUCAAUGGGGGGCUUGAUGCAUGAGCGCCAACGGUCGGCCUGAUACAACAAAUAUUUGUGCUGCAUGGGCGUCACUAUUUAUGGACGUUGGCUUUUACCCGGUCCGAGUUGGCAAUAGAUGCGCCGUCGAUCCACAUGAUGGUGAUGGCGAGCGCCAAAAGCUCCCCACUUUCCGCUACACAAACAGCGCGCUUUGUGUCCGGGAUAGGCAUCAAGAGAACUACGCAAGACCCCUAAUGCUUUUGAGGAAAGAGUUGCAAGCCACGUGUGCGGUUCAAAAGAUGCAAUACAAAGCCGCACAGUCCUCCCGACCGAGACACAUUUGCAUUUGAUCACUCGCACUGCGCGUCAGGCCUUUGACAAAUGGAAGACGAUGGCAAACGGGGGUGGCUAUUCAAUUGAGAUACCGGGUGGCGCCCUCCCAACAUUGAGCCGCAGGCUUUUCGAUGCUGGAUUUUGAUUGUUAUCGAUGCGCACGACUUCUACUACCCAUUCAUUUUUUUGAUCUGUUACGCCAGAAAUAAAAAGACGCGGACUGUCGUCGUGAAGCAGGAGCGAAGCGCCUGCCCUGUUCAGUAUGACAGGGGGAGCGGGAGGCACUCCUGCUCCGCGCAAAGUAGCAUGACAAAGCGUGCACAAGUCGCGCGCCACGACGUCUAGGAGGUAAUUGCAGAAGCGGAGCUCUGCGACUAAACGUGCCCAAACAACGCCCCUGCGUAAAUUUGCCCAAAGUUGCCUUUGUAAUCGCGUCUACACUUCUGGGCGCGGGGGCGGGAGCUGGGCAAUGGCCGAGAAGCGUCGCGGUGAUUACUUGCACGCCGGCGAAGAGGUGGCACUUGUAUCUAUACUGCGCAACUUUUCCGCAGUAGCUGCGCGGCCCUGCCUUUCUGCUACACACCCGGAGGGUAUGUUCGGGGGCCUGCGAUGCACAACGGCGGCGCGCGGGCACAACCGAGGCUGACCGGCGCUGGCGCAUUUGGUCUCCCCGUCUAGCGCUUGGGGGCUGAGGAUCGGCGACAGCCACCUACUGCAGACGGUCGGCUGGUCCUGGGGGGUGCCAGGAGGAAGCCCGGGGCUCUGUUGGCCCGGGAGAUUUUCCAGUAGUUCGCUGUGGGGGGGGGCCGAGCGCGGGCGGCCGGCGUGCGUGCGUCGUAGGUCGCAUUCCUUUGCCACGCCGAGGGUGUAUUUCCCCACUUUUGCCGCUGCCCGCAUGUUUGCACUGCACCCCCCCGGUCGGUUUUUCUGUGGUUUUUCCCGGUGGCGCCCUUCGUCAUCUUAUGUUUUUUCUGGGUGACAGCGUCAUCAUGCGCGGGGUUGCGCUCUGUGACGUGACGCAGCCCCCCCCCCCGUGCGCCCGGUGGUAAUGCCGCACGCGCGGCGCCCUUGCGCACUCGCUGCGCAGCCCCCUUCCACCAUCCGCCCUGAGCCGGCGCUUGGCCGGGUGGGCGGGGGGGCAGCCUGGGACCACCAGCUAGCAGACCAGCCGGGCAACUACCAUUGGCCAGCGGCCUUUGGGGCCUUGCUCCCUCCCAUGGCCGCACGCCCCAGCCAGCUCGUUUUCCCCUCCCAUCGGCCUUACGAGCAUACCCCGCGCCGGCUGCCCGCGCCGCAGCUUGUAUGCCACACGGACACGACGCUAGUGGCAGUGCCUAAGUGCAACUCGUCCGUCCCUCCGCCCUGCGCAUUGAAAUCGCAUUGGCCCGCCGGCGCAUUGGGUUUUGGCUGAAGUCCACCGGGCCGGCACGCCAGCCAUUUGUCCACCAGGCAAGCGGCCCCCAGUUUAUUUGAUCGGAGACCCUAAUGUGUAGGCCCGGGCCGACAUCGCCUGCCUUCGCUUCCCGCGGCAAUUUUUUUAAACAGGAGAGCGCGACACCGCUCUUCGUCGUAAUCUAGCACCAUAAAUCUCUCGUGGGCCGCGCACAUCGUUCGGGGCCCAUGGCUCUCUUUGAACACAGAGGGCUGCUUUCUUGUAUAUGUGUACACAAAUCCAGCAGCAGCACCAUUGCAAUAUGAUGUGGAGAGAUCGCCACUUUUGGUUACGAUAGUGGUGUCGAACUUGGGAGCACCGCGGUCGAUUGUGAGGAAGACGACGCAAACGCAUGCCUGGCAGCGAGGAGAGGCAAUAGCGGUCGGUGUAUCGCAGGAAUUGACCCGGACGACACGAAUGACCCGCCCAGCAAGUGCCUUAGCCCCGGGCCUUUUGCGUCUGUGCGAAAGUGCCAGUUCUAUGCUUCCCUUGAAAGGGAUAACCCGAGUAGUCCUCUCAAGUGGUUUACGCAUCUCAAAUCUGUCUGGGUCCUCCAGGAGGUCCCCUGCUGGAAGGCUGUGGUGUGUGAUAUAUGAAAGGAAAAGUCGCGCAUUCGGUUGCAUCGCUAGCGGAAAAUCUGAGAUCUCUCAGGUUACGGGGCGGGGCCGUCUGCGUCUCAGAAUAACGAUAGCGCGUGCGCCUCGCUCGCCCAGGAUACAGCCACGACCUGCGCGCCGCAACAUAUUUUGGACGAGCCGGACAAAGCGCCGCUGCGUUCUAAGCAGCUAGGCUACAGAGAUAGACUGCCCGCCGCACUCAGCGAAGGAACGAAGAUCGAAACCGGAGGCACUUCUACGCUGCGCAAUGGGGUGGGUAGACGGAGGCAGGCAGCUGCGCUACAGCGGCCCGCAGUCACGCUCCGCAAGUGCCCGGCCAUAACUAGUGGGCCCAAUCAUUUCCAUCGUGACCGUAGAUGGGGCUUCUAUGAAAGAACAACAAGACACAAGUGGAUGUGGAGCUCUUCGGAUUUUGCGAAAGCGGUGCAGCCGGGUAGUGCAAGGCUUGCAAAUGCAGUGCAAAACCAGCAAGGCCUACCCAAAAUAUGAAGUAUUUGCAGCAAGCGUGCGCGUUUUUGGCUUCAGUUUGCAGCUGUCGCAGUACACGGGUGCAGGUGCUCUGAACUUCGCCGCGUUCGCGAAGUCGGAAAAGUUGUUGCUCUUGUGCUGUUAGUUUUGUCGGUCCGAUCGCAGGGGCUUCUGGCCUGGAACGGCAAGAGGCAGGCCUCGCGCCCUGGGUCUUUUGUGGCGCGAGGGUGCGGAAGCCGUGCGUGUGUGGCCCUGCCAAUCUGGGGCUGCCCCCCCCGGCAAGCUUCGCGGCCGUCUGCGAACUGCCGCCCAUUGUUGCGGGUCAGACAGACGGCUGGGAACCUGCGAAGGAACAAACUUUGGCAGCCGCCUCAGCAGUUGGCGAAGCUUUCAGGGGCCGACAGCUUUAGCAGACGGACUAACUUCGGGGGGGGGUCGGUUGGCGCCCUUGCUCAUGGUGCAUUUUGGAACGCAUGGCGCCUGCGCCCCGGCGUUUUUAAUAAGCCGCCCCGGGGCGACCGCGACGCCGGACGUCUGGCUUCCCCCGGCCCGCGCUUGCGGUCGUACCGGCCCCCCUUGCCUGUAGCAGAAGGCCUCGCGCCGCCAGGUUCCGGAACCUAUCCUCAGCAAGGGGGGCGGAAUGAAAUUCACGGAUCCCCUAAGGAUUGAGGAGCGCGCGACAACCUUGUUGCCGUGCAUAGCCGCAGCGCGGGCCUUAGAAAAAGUCUUGCCGGGGCUGCAAGCGUGCGACGCUCGCGCGCCCCUCGAUCCAAUUCCGCGAAACUCCGGGCCGCGCAGCAAGGGAGGGGCCCGCCGCUGGCCAGAUUGAUUUCGCGAAAUGCAUCGUCAAAAGCGAAAUGGGCGGCCCAUUGAUAUUCUGCAUCUGUGAAAAUGUCGACGGCUAUCGGCGCUGCAGCAAAAGUUCGCCUGGGUCCAGGUCUUGCGCAGGAAAUCUGUGAAGACGUUGGUUGCAAAAUGGCAAGCAAAAACGAAACAGAACGUAGCCCGUCGCGGCAGCUCGGCCAGGUGGCACCCACAAGGAGCGGCGACUACAAUUUGAGCGCAUUUGUCUUGUUGCGUAGAGGAAGAUUAAGAAGCUCACAUAAAUGAGAGCGCGUGUAGUUGCGUCAUAUGUUAUAAGUAGACGCAUCCAAAGAAUAGACCUCGACAUAUUUAUGUAGUCCCGCAGGACCACGCCUCCGCUUGAGGAGAGCUGCGGGAUCAUUCCGUGGGUGUGGCGCGAACUGCGUGCUACAUACAGACGCUGACUACACUGACUGCAGUGCCCAUCCAGACAACCCCGACACGUUUGAGGUUGAUAUGGUCUACUCCAGUAGAGCAGCCCGUAGGCAACAAGAUCCUGCAGAGUCUCGCCGUAGACCCCGUAGGCAACGACAUACCGGUUGAAGGGAUGAUACUCGGCAAAUACGAUCCAGACGAAGAAAAGACAUCACCGUGCAGGAAACAAAUUAAGGCGGCUAUGGCGGCUAUGCAGGGGCUCGUGAACCUGGACGGACACUACUUUCAGGCCCUUCCGGAUGGCUAUGUGCUUCCUCCUAUCCUGUAGAGAGGCGUCCCCACUCCAGGACUGCCAUGCGAAUGCAGAUCCUCAUGCUCUGCUCUUCAAUAAUUGUAAUUCAGGGCGUUUUUCAUGCGGCUCCUCAUGCGAGGCAUUUUUCGGUGGUGCUAUCGGAGUCUGAAUCUAUAGUGCGCUGAUCAGGAUAUCAUGGAUAAUGCAAUGGAUGUGAAAUGCGUCUGGACAUCAAGCCGGGCCUUGGCAGCACGGCUACACCUGAGCACCCCUAGUGUCGUGUGUGAGGACUUCGAGAACUUCAUCUGGACUUUUGUUGGUAAGUUUCCAAUAUCUUGUAUCUGGGACUGGGGGGGGCGUUUUUUUCUCGGGAUCCCUCCAGACGAGUUUGACGCGAACCGUCGCCGUCGAAAUCAUACGCAUUGCAAAAGUGUCGCACUAUUGCAGCUAUGCAUGACAAGCGUAGAAGUUUCUAUACCUGAAUCAGCUUUCCAAAUUCCAACUUUCGUCUUGAGAAAAUUCGUCAUGCAGCUUGCACUAGUGCUGCUAGUCCGACCACACUUUUGCAAUGCAUAGAUCAUCGACGCCGCGUCACCUCCUACACGCUAUCAAUUGUAAACGUGUCUAGCAGGUCUCCGUCUCCUGGAAGCGCUUGCCCAGCUUGUGAUGCGGAUUCUGGAGUACCGAAUUUGUAUUGCAUUUUUGCCAAAGCCAAAGGCUGAUGUCCAGCAUUUCUUGCUGCGCAAGUAGGCAGUUGGUUCCUCGGCAUGAGAGGGGAUCAACGGUAUGAAGCAGCCACCUGCACGAGGCCUGUAGUGCUCUUGUAUGCAGCAUUGCGGACCAUUGAUUUGCGUGAUGAUAAACAGAUAGAUUACGCACUGCGAAAGUAUCGUAUUUUUUGUAUAAAUGCAUUACAAAUUUCCUCAGCACGAUAAUAUAAAACUUGUAAUGGUGCGGAUUUGACUUCUCAACAAAAAGAUUUGUAAUGCAUGACUGCAAUACGAAUACGAUACUUUUGCACAGGAUAUAGAUGCAUGAAGAGCAAGUGCAUUCUUCCAGACCUAGACGUAUUUCCAGGUGAUACAUGCCCGGGUACACAAAUUACGGACGGUACGACUGCCACACAACGCACCACGAUAUCAACAUCGAUAAAUGGUUCGGCGCAUACGAUUAUGAAUUGCAAAAGUAUAAUCGGACUGCUCGUAGAUGUAGAAAUGCAGCACAAAUUUGUGCAGUAUUGGAAAUGAAAUUUUUCCUAAACGAAAAAGACUUCGCACUUGCAAUGCAUACAUGCAAUUGCUACGACUGCGAUUCUUUUGCAGAUGAUAUCGAUGGCAACGGCAGCGGGAGAAAUCGCGGGGCGCGGCGCCGUAUCUAGUGCAAAUAUGCCUGGGCCUGGAAGAGUGUAACUUCAACUUGUCAUGCUACAUCUGGAUGGUGAAAAAAUUUGUGUUGCGUGAUUACCAAAAGUUGUCCACUUUUUAACAAGAUAUCGGCAGUUUCUCAUGCAGGAAAUGCAUGAUAGGGAUCUCACAGAAUCUGUCAUGCUAGGCCUUGCAUGCCAGACCGCGCGGGUCGUGGAGAAGCUGCAUGACAAACAAGCUAGCAAUCUUCCAGACCCAGACCCUCUUGCAUUGGAUACGCCGUAUAGAAUGCAAAUGUGUCUAGAUCUGGAAAAGUAGUGCAAGACUUGUCAUGCAUUUCGCGGCCCCCUCGCAGGGUCCGGAAUGCACGCAGAAGCGUCGCAGAUUCAUUUGCAAGGCCUGCUGCCAACGCAUGUCUAUUAACAGUACGAUAAUGGCCGAAAAGGAAUCCGGAAAUCUGGAUCGGACAAAAAGAAGGGAGUCCGCCCCUGGCAGGGGGGGGUCCAAGACCCUCCCCUGGGGGGGGCUGGGGGGUGGGGGUUGGGGGGUCCAGAACCCCCCCCAGGGAGUGGGGAAGGCUGCGGGGUAGGGGGUGAGGGGUUGGGGGGAAGGGCGGACCCCCGGGAGGCCCCCCACUGGGACUCGAGGCGGAGUCCCGGAAGGGCACGACCCACCACAACCAGCAUCGCUAGGGCUGACACAUAAGGUGGGAGAAGGGGCGGAGCAAUCCGCGCACCCGCUUCACAGGGGGGGAAGUGCCUCUGCUCUGUUUGGCUAUAGCGGAGGGGGCCCUUGGAGGGGGCCUUUGGUGGCGCCUUCUGGCUGCUGUGCGGUAGCAGGCGCUUUGUUCCGCCCUGGGCUUAAUGUAUUGCGUUGCCCCGCCCCUGCCAAGUGGGGCGGCCAAAGGCCGCCGGCCGAAGGAUGGCUUGCGCUAGGACCUUGCCGGCUGGCAAACAUCCAAGAGGCCCACGCCCCUGCUGUUCCCCCCGGCUUGAUGUUUGCGGCCACGCUCCUUGCUUUGCCCUUUUGGGCGGCCGAAGGCCGCCGGCCGAUGGUUCGCUCCUUUGUCGCCCGUUCGAGGUUAGUAUGAACCCCGUGGCCCCCCGUGGUAUAGCAAGGAAACAGUAAAGCCUGGGCGCAGGCGAAGGGUUGACUUGGGAACCAACAAGGCCCAGGCGCAAGCCGGCAACCAAGGCCGCAUGGGGCGGUCGUCUAGGUCAGUAAGAGGGCCGGCCCGCUCGGAAGCAAGCGGCUCGCCUGGAAUCUUUUCGCGCCCUCCCCUUGCGCUAUCGGUUAGCCUAUUACUUUGAGGCGCGCCCCCCUUCUUGCGGUCUCUCUUUGUCCCAACACCAUCGGCAUCGCCCUACCUGCUUUCGUUCGUUCCGGUCCAGACUCCUAGGACCGGCCACCAAGGGGUCGCCCUUUAGGGCGACCCAAGUCUUGUAUAUACAUAAUGAGAAAAAAUCCGCUUCAUGCCUCGCAAGAAGUCGGCAGUACACGGCGCGGCACAAUUUUUUUUUUGGCGUUCGAGACCACUUGGCAUGACAAGCUGUGUCCUUCCAGACCCGAAAUCAACGUAUUGCACUUUAUACACUGCGGCGGGGACUUCAACACGCGGCGGCGUGGCGGCGGAAAUAAUCCCCCACGCCUAUGGAGGCCGCAGGCUGGAGAAAAUUCUCACAGUGGAAGAAAUUUGCUAAUGCACGAUAUGCGACACCGUGUCGCAUAAUGUAAAUGUUGCCAUAUCAUGCGUUACGAUAUGGGCACAUAAGAACGUGACCGCAUACUUGCAAAGGACGCAAUGUUGAGGCUGAUUCUUGUCCUGCUAGGAGUCAAGAAUUGGGCUGCUGAUUAGCAUGACAGAAGGGUGGCUCUGUGCCCUAAGCAGCAUGAAUGACACGCCGUAGGUACCCGGAAACUUUGUCAUGCGUCAACUAAAAAUGGCGCUUCAAGAAGUGGCAAAGUCCUGUUUUUUGCAUUGCAAGCCAUGAUGUCCAUUUUGAGAAUGCCGAACCUGAGGCCUUUAUAGUGCCGGCGACACGGAGAUCGGCGUCGGGGACAGUGGAAAUAUGUUAUGUAAAAACGUCCCCACCCCAUCUGUGCUUCCAUUUGGUCUUUUCCAGUCCAUAAACACCCCAUACAUAGUCAAGAUGGGGAAUCGGCUAGACAAAUCCAUAAGCUUUGGCUGUUUUGCAUGAUAGAUUUGGGCUCGUAGUGUAGUGCUGUUUGAGGGCGGAGCUAAGCAGCAUCACAGAUCUAGCAUAUCGUGCUGCUUGGAGGAUGACGAAAUCCACAACAGCACGACUAGACAAGGCUUCCCAUGGGGCUCCGCGUGAGAAACUCUUUCGGCGUGCAGAUUUGCAUGACAACUCUGGUAUGGGGACGCUUUUACCUAGGAUAGGACAGACGGGGACCUCAGUCUCCUCGAGAUCGGUACUGCAGGUUAUCUAUCCUGUGCAAAAGUAAUAUCGUACUCGUAUUGCAGUCAUGCAUUACAAGUCUUUCUCUAAAGGUAAAUCAGCAUUACAAAUUCAUUUUUCUCACGCUGAGGAAAUUUGUAAUGCGUUUUUUUAUACGACGAGUGCGAUACUUUUGCAAUUCAUAUUAUCUACACACUGCAAAUAAUGCGGCGCCUAUCAAAUGCAAGUAUUAACAUGUCUGCGUCUGGAAAGUUGUGAUGCUGAUGCCAAGAUGUGGAUGAUAGAAGCACUUCGAAAUCAUGCAGCCACUUAUGACACCUUUCCAGUAGAAUCAUGCAGCCAAACACUUUGUAUGCCAAAAGAGGGUGUGACUUCUCUUGCUGGUCAGGCAUUGGUCGUAAAGCGGAUGAUUAUGGGUUGAGGUGUGAAAGAAAAAGUUCGUGCAGUGCUACAGAUUUCAAACGCGGAGUGUUCGCCGUCUCAGGGCGGUGUAGCGGAUCUCCCGUGCAAAGACAGAAUCAGCGGAAAUCGGGUCCCGGGUAGAUUUUGCAUUUCCAUUUUACCUAGAGGACGCAAGCCUCAUACAAUAUCAUACCUCCAUGCAAGAAAUAGAAAUAUUACUAAACCAGCAUUAAUACAAGUUCAAGUUCCAACCAUCCACCAGACCCAGACAUAUUUCCAGCGCAUAGGUACCUCAGACGUCCGUUGGGAGAGUGGAUUCGAGCUUGUUGCUUUUUCCAUGCGCUCCAAUUUCUAGAGCGACCAUCUACUUUCUAGUAGGGUCACGCUUGACAGAGAGAUUGAGUCUGCCAAAUGAGAGUGUCAUUUUGUUGACACCUGAGCACUAAGCAGGAGCGCUUUGUCUCCAGGACACACAUGACUCUAUCUGAGACGUAGUAUCGGCACGGUACUAGCCUUCCGGGCUGCUUCGCUAAGUAUCCACUUCUGCUGACGAUUUUUCAUGGUUAUCUAGGCACAAAAACUCUGCACUUCUCGAGCCAGAAGUUCCCAGACUUCUAGACGUGUCCCAGUCUGCGACAUAUGCGUUGCAAAUAUAUCUGGGUCUCGAGUCGUGCAAACUUGUAAAUCUGUCAAGCAACUUAGAGCUUCAGACUGCACAAAAGUGAAUGAUGCAGGUAAAGUACGUGUGCCACAGUAUAUAAAUUAAAGUUGCCCACUUCUACUUGGCACUUUAAGGUGUGAAUUGUCAUGUGGACUAGGCAUUGAGAAACCUUUAUGUCCACACAAAGCGUUGUUCCGAUGUGACGAAAUGAAUCACAUCAUAGAAACAAACUUCUGCACUCAUCCAGACUCAGACGCAAUUGCACUUCAUACGACGUAAACGCGGGCGAUUUUAUUUGCACUGCAUACCAACGGCUCUCGGAGCAGCCGCUGGGCCCCCUGACGCCGGGGAACGUACUCGCUGAGUGCGCGAAAGUGUGCACGCAGAUCGUGCCCCGCUGUGUGGGGUUUGCUUUUGUGGACGCUCAAAAAGAUUACCGUCAGGAGGCCGACGAAACUCUAAAGACGAAGGUCGAUACCGGCGAAAAAGAUACUGUCACGAUGGAACUUACAGACAUCUAUGAUAAGGUUGAUAGCGAGAAGGAUGAUAAUGAUAAAAAAGGGCAUAAGUGGAGGCCAGAAGAAAACUGCGAGUAUUGCACGGAUUGCAUUGGCCAUGCCCCCUCUGUAUCCCGUGACGUAAAGGCGUCCCUGCCUCCCCCGAGCCGAGCGCGCGGGAUCCCGACGCCGCAAGUCCUCAGCUCCCACCUCCCACAAGAAACACGCACAGCGCAAUAGAAUCAAUAAAGCAGUCCGAUAAGUGGCAGCGUCAACUAUCUAGCUAUCCAGUGCAAAUAUGUCUGGGUCUGCAAAAAUGCGAACUUGUGAUACGCAUGUCACAUCACACAAAAUCUGUCACGUAUGGAAGUCAACAGCUGCACAUUUCUGGCCACCGAAAAAAAGGCUUCGUGAUGCGGAUUACGCAUUAAGAAUUAGAGACUUUCUCAAAUAAAUCUGCGAUGCUAGUGCUUCCAUGCCAGACCUUCUUUGUCAUGCACAAACAGCGUGGCAAAAACUUCCCGACUCUUCCCAUGGGUUCGCUUCCAUGAUUGCCGCCGGGGACGUUCUUACGCAGUCAGCCGGAUGACUGUGACCUGGCUCGUACUGUGAACGCAGCCGGAUGCCUGUAACCUGGCUCGUCUUCGAUGGGCAGGCGGAUGAUUGUGACCUGUCUCGCCCAUCAAGGUCCCUAAUCCGUAGGCCCUAGACGUUACCCGGCCCGCGAAUGACUCCAGGGCAGCCGGGUGGUUGUUGCCUGGUUCUGAAGGGCUUCGGCGAUGAUCGAUUGCGCCACUACUGCGGUCCGGCUACUCAGGAUCGCAAUCGAUGGAGGGCGGGAUCUGCGCCGGCGACCGGCGCUAGCCAGCCAACCAACCACACAUCUGCACUCUUCCAGACCCAGGCGCUUUGGCCUUUGAUACUAGCUCACUUUGUGCAACUUGGUCGCGUUCUAUUUUCGUCAAAGUGGCGUAAAGCUUCUAUGCGCUUGAUUUUGUUUUGUUCCAGCACGUGAAACCCCCCAAAGUCAAGAUGGGGACUAAGCUACAAAAGCCAACAGCUUUACUUGGUUGUCGCGCAUGGCAAGCUUAGGCUCGCAGUGUGGCCGUCUUUCGGUAGUGCUGGAGCUGCAUCGCCAAUCGAUCGUCUCGCACUGAUGCUAGCGCUAGGCCCUCUGGUAGCGUCGCAGCAUGCUUCUCAUGUGGUUGCCCACGAGAAACAUUGCUGGUGUGCGUAUGUUUGUGACAAAUCAAUCGGGGUCGGGGACGUUUUUAGCCGGGAUAGCGUGGCACCGAUUCUGGUUGUGAUGAGAAUAAGGAUGACUGCAUAUGAAUCAAAAAUAUGUCCUCUCGGUCUGGAAGUCGAAGACUUUUCCAAUACUCGCGCUGGUAGUACUAAUUUGUUAUUGUUUAUGAUAUCUGCAAUAGUGAUAGUCGUGAAGUCUGCAUAGAUAUGUACUCUAGACCUCUAGCGCGGGCUUUCUCGCUCCAGGACGCCCGCUGGUACGAGUAAAAAAUUACUCGUAAAUUAAUAGCACUAGAACUGCGAGCCAGCGUUUCCACUUGAUGGGAAUAAGACUGCUGAAGCUGGCGCGCCCCACCAGGUGGGCGAGCCGUUUGCCGGGUGGACUCCACGAAAAAACAAAGCCGCGCCCAAAGCGACGGCCGGCAAGAAAACGGCCGCGACCUCACUACCUCCGCCCCGGCGGCUAUAUUUGGUAGAUGUCCGGAAAUUUCCGAGCGCGCGAGAGACUUGCACGAAGUCGAGAAAAGCUAACAAAAAGGAGAACUAAAGGAAAACGAGCGGCCUUCUUGGAUGCCCAAGGAAUUGGAGGCGUUGCCAGAGGGGCAAGCCUGCGGGCCGGUGUGGGAGACCCAAACUAGGUAGAAGGUGUCUCUAGAGUGGAGUCCAUUUCUUUAGGGGGGCAAACCGGCGGGCCACUCUAUCUCGAUAGAGCCCAUUUUAAGAGGGCACCCUAGGUGGCAUGGAAGCAUGAGCACCCCGCCGCCCGUGUGGGAUCAGCUCAGCACGCCAGACGGCAGAUAUGAUCCGAGGCGGUGUCGUUUGUGGUUGUGCGUCGUUUUGCCUCGACGCCUCCGUCUCCAUCUGUCCCUCGUUGUCGUGGCUUGCCGUGCUUACCCCGUGGGCCUGUUCUUUGCCCCGCCCCCUAGGCUUUUUGUUGUGGCUUUGGUGCCGACCCCUGCCCCUCUCUUAUUACGAGCUCGCUAGAGGGAGCGCCGAGGCCGACUCACUUCGCGCGGGCGCUUGUUUCUUCUCCAAUGCCGGGCGGGGGGUUUGAAAGAAUUCGAAAACCAAGGCCGCCCUGGUGUUUUCCGGCUGAAAAGCUGUUGGAAUUAUUUAGCCGGCCCUGGGGCGCCCGCUUCGUUUUGUGCCGUCCGAGGGGAUAGGCGGUCUUCGCACUCUGAUCGCUGGCGUUUGCCGUCCGGCGGAGGCUUGCCGGGCGCUUCGGUUUUCUUUCCGAGAUUCUCUGGGGCCUGUCCCGUGGCAAACAGCAGACAGCUACAGUCCCCGGAUAGCAGGCCCAUUGAGGAGUUCUAUAAGCAGCCUGAAGAGGGGGCCAGGUAGCCGCUUCGUUUGUUUCCUCGUUUUUGACCCACGCGCACCCGGCCCGCCCGGCGGCUUUUUCGCCUUCGGGGAAUGUUGUCAGUCUGCCGGUCCGACGUUCUUCGAAAACCCCGCACCAAGUAGCAGGGAAGUAGCCGCCUUUCGCCACACCGACCGCGCAGUGACGAGGGCACGCCAUAUAUAUCCACUGCCUGGUCUCUGAAGUUUGAGCUUCGCUCUCAAUGCCAGCAGGGGCGUGCUGGCCUUAGUUGGAUCCCCGGUUGACAGGCUGCAGGCUGCGCGAUAGAGAAAGAUGCUACAGAAGAAAUUUGACCUGUGUGGCUGCUUCGCGCAGUCGGUCUGUCCUCUGUCGCUCAUUUAGCAGCGUGGAAGCUUUUCAGACAGAGAGACACUUGCAACUCAUACCACGACGCAGCGUACAACUGCGACUCUUACUCUGGCUGCGAAUAUCGAGGGACCUCCUGGAGCAGAGAAGAGCUUGUUGCGCAAGAGGAGGAGAUAUGGAGGCGUUGGUGUCAAAAUCGGCAAAGUUGAAAAAUUUGCAACGCACAAAUGCAGCAAGCAGCUUACCCGCAUUUUUGGAGGCGAGCGUUUGUGACUAAGUGAUGGCGAUUGGUGUAAGCCUGUCUCGAGUUGCGUAUAAGGAUGCGAAAGUAGGAUGAUAAAAGAGGCGGGCGCCGCUUUUUUUUGCACGCGCAGCAUGAGAAUAGGGAUCUCGGUGCUCCCAAAUGUGUCAUGCGCUACCUAGAGCUAGAGACUGAACAAGCGGAGCAUUGUUUCCUAUGCAUCGCAAAUCUUUUCAAUUCUGUCGGGUUCAAGCCUGGCGCCUCCAUAUGAAAGGCGUGGGACGUAUUGCUGUGUGGUUUACCAGGGCGCGAACCCGGGGAAAUUGUUGCGGCAAGCGGAGAGGCGCAGACACACCGACCCCACGUCUGGCAGUGGGGACGAUGGAUCUGCCAACCGCCGGCGCGAGGAUAAGUGCAGAAGGGUAAAUCUUUCCUAUGUAAGAACGCCCCUCCUACCCGAGAGCAAGUGCUAUGCAGCAACUCUGAAAUCCUACAUGUACAUGCAAAUCAAAUACAUCUGCAUCUAGUAGUUCUGAUGCGCGGCGCGGCCGGAAGCAGUAUUUUAUAAUGCUGUCCUCGAGUUGCUUCGUUAUCGUUUGUGUUGUCUCCUGGCCGAUUUGUGUUGAUGCUGCUGGAUCAGCUAAAAAGACUACACUGUGACCCCAAAACUGUCUUGUGCGACAGCCGAAGCUUCGUGACUUGUGUAGCUGAGCGGUCCCCCAAUUUUACUCUAGUGGUGUGGGGCCGUUCUUCAACAAAAUAAAAUCAGGAGGCUCCGUAUGAGGACGAGGAUCCUCGGGAGAAUCCGGAUCUGGAGUAUGCCUUGCAAAUAUGUAUGAGUCUGGAUUUCUCGUGCAAGAACAUUUCAAGGACAACAAGUUCGGUGAUGCAUGAAAAGGUGUGGCCAGCUUUUCCUUCGUGUUGGAUGGCGCCAGUUUGUCGGGCUAAACGCGAUCGCAUUUGCAAGACGUCGAGCAUGCUGUGGCGCUGGGUGCGGGUGUCCACUGCAUGAUGAUGAUGAUGAUGAUGAUGAUGAGCAAAACUUCUCCCGCUGUGAUGCCGUAGAAGGGAAGCCUCUGAAGUUCGAGGACCACGAGGGCGGACUGUCUGCGUCCUUCCAGACCCACACAUAUUUGCAGUUGAUACCGUGGGCCACACGACGACGGUGGGGGACGUCGCCAAGCCUUUUACGUGCGAGGCCGCCGAUGGUUCCAAAGCAGAGGAUGACACUUGGAGGGAAAGAAAUAGAAGGAGACAGCAUCAGACCUUCCCCAUCUCCGGACACUGGUGGACCUACUUGCGGGACUUGGCCUUUAUCGCGCAAAAAAUCAAAAGUAGUACUCCCAUACCUAUGUUGAAUACGCAAAAAUAAGUUUGGUCCUUUUUGCACAAUGUAGUUGCCUGUCGUGGUGAACAUGAGAUCCGGCGCGCGUUGUUCCUUCCCCAAAGGCAAUGCUCGUGCCUAUGUGAUAAGGACUGUACUUUUUUCUGAGGGCGCAUGUCGAGUAGGGGUUUCAGAGGUAGACGCCAGUAGUGUUAGCGAAUAGGAGUGAACACGCACCCACGGCAUUCUGAUUGGACGCCCGCGAGUUUACUUUAACGCGAGUACCCUCAGGCCCCUGGCCCUUUAUCGCUUUUCCCAGCGGAGCAGCCUGGGAGAGUCUGCUGGAACCAGUGGGCAAAAAAAAAGCUGAAGCAACCCUGCGGCUUUUAGUGUUGCGCAUGGUUUCUCGUCAUUCUAGGCACAGUGCUAUUGAACAUCCCAAAAGCCACUCUCUACAUGAAUUUCCAAAGAGUUUGCGUUUUAUAAUUUCAGUUCUAAGUCGUUCACGUUCCGUUCUCUGUGUUGUGCAGCAGUCGCACUACCAGAGUCGAAACAUAUGCACCAGAGCAACAGGAUCACUCGAUGGCCGUGGACAUAAUAUUAAUACUACUACGAGAGAAGCCUUAGGCCCCCAGUCGCUUAGAAGCACCUUGGCCAGGGCCGCGUAGUGGCGCGGCAGAGCUUGGGGGACCCCAUGAGCAGAAGCGCGGCGCUGUAUUUUACUGCGCAGCUUUUACCUAUUUCUAUUUAUAGCAUAAGCCUUUGCUACGGUUUGAUCCUCGUACUUUCUAAGCGUCAGCGAUUUUUUGGAUCUCUGUAUGUGCAGUUGUCUUGUCUCCAGAGCACAAAUUCAAAUACCUGGCCAAAAGAAAAAAAUUACGUCGCAGCUCCCAGCCUGCGUUCCGCUGCGGACCAUGGCAAAGCUGCUCGCCACCUUUCGCCUUCUAGUCGCGAACCUGCAUCCGUUCCGCCGUGGGCUCUGUGUGAUUGUCUGUCAGCAGUGGCCUCUUUGUCCGAAGCUAUUUACGCUAGAGCUGUCUGAAUAAGUAGGCGGUAACCUCCCUCCCAGGCUGUUUAUUUUAACAGGAUAGAUGCCACGUCCUCAGAAACGACUUAACACGAAAAAGCAGUUCGGCCGUUAUGGUACUCUGCGCCUCACAUACAGAUUCAAUUUUCAGCGAAGCCAAUUGCAAUUUGGCAACGCGAGCUUUUUCCUUUCUUCCAUAUCUAUGCGAGUUGGGUGCUUCUGCUUUUUGUUUUUCUUUCGGAUGGCCUUCGUUCAGGGCCACAUUCUAAACAACGACGAGGAGCGUUAUGCGCAGCGAUUCCUGGCGCAGUCCGAAGCGAGUGCGCGCGAUAUGGAUUUUUGAGAUGUUCCAGUCUUUGCUGUAUACAUGAUUUGUCAUAGUUAGUUGAUACUACAAGCAGCAGAAGCAGGACGAACAUCAGAUGAAGCUGCUUCGCGUGGCGAAUUCUCGAAGGGCAAACAGGGUCGCAAAUCUGUGCCGAAUUUGUGGCGUGCGGCGUCUGUAAUGCAAGAGGCUGGCUCCGUCCUCGCAAAUUCUAUUUCUAAAUCAUGUAACAGCUGACAGCGUAAGACCGCUUGCGAACUCCAUAUGGGCGGCGCUCAACGUCGGCGGCGAAAACAUGCCGCCACGGCCUUACAUUGUGCAGUACGGUCUUUUAUGCGCUGCAAAUACUUAGGUCUGGGUCUGAAACGGCUGACAAGAAGUAGUGUGCAACUUAUGAUGCUGCUUAAAUAAGGACUCCAAAAAAAUCAGCAUUGCCUGAGCAGCAAAACCAAAACAAAGUCCAUUCUUGCUAUGUGGGUAAGGAUUUUAUUCCCAUGCGGGAUAGGCAUCAAGAAACACCCAGUAGAAAGUCUGUGAUGCUAGGGCGUAAGUUAUAGACGUCAUGGGUCGUCAUGCAAAAUGUUCAUGGCGUGCAACUGCAAGCGCCAGCGAGCUUCCAGACCCAGACAUGUUCGGACUCGAUAUCUUUGGGGAUCCUGUAAAAUAUUCUACGACCCCGACCUGGAGUUUCGGAAGAUUCCGAAAACUCUCGCCCCGAGGCCCGAUAGUGUGGUAUGCAUUGCAAAUAUCGAUCUGGGUCUGGAAUAAGAGUGCCGGACUUGUCAUUCUUGCUUGACAUGACUCCAGUACAUACAAUGAUGCAUGGGCACGAAAAAAAGAUCACCCUGCCUGCUAUACAAAAGCACACUUUAUUGCGAAGAAGAAAAACUAGUACGCAUCGCAUGGCAGCCGCAGCCAAAAAAAUUUCCAUGCUAAAUAAAACACUUCGCUGCUUAAUGCAAUUCGCUCCUCAUUCACAGUGCACCUCUACAACCUGCGAGAUCCAGACAUGUUUGCAUUUGAUACGUGGAGAAGGUUUACCAAAUCGGCGGCGAGCCGGACAAUGCCGAGGCGGACAAGGAGUGCGGUAUCAUGAGGAAAAAUCCACCCUCCCCAAAUUAAAAUCGCACGAGCAAGCCCAUCUGUGUUGGUGAUUUGUGUCAUCUGCAAGUGCCUCCGAUUUGCAUACUGGGAAAGUAGCAAGUAGAGCAGAAGAUGAAAGCCCUGGGCCGAUUAGCUGUAGUGUUACGCUUUUGCAACCUAGAGCAGCAAGCUCUAUCGUACUGAAGGGGUGCUAGCCUUCGGGAAACUUAUACAGGCCUAGCACACGAUGCGACCUCCAGUGGCGUGCUGCAAGGCAAAGUUGAUCCGUGUAGACGAGAGGUCGCGAAUUACAAUUCCCUGUUGAGUAUUCGGAGGGAGGAUGUAUGGGAGUGCCAGGAUCGAAAUCUUCAAAGUUGAAAUAGCUUGUUAUGCAUAAAACCGAUACCAUUACCAUUCAGAAGCCCACAUAUCAAGUGGCGCGUGACAAAUUUUCCGAGCACCGGAUUCCAACUUGUCAUCCUGUUUGGGGACAGAAGACUGCUUGCGUCGUGCUACUUUAGCAGCUCUAUUUCAAACCCUAAACAGGCUCACAAUCGGCCUCGCUUGCCAUCCCGGCAAGACAACCGCUUCAUGCCUUGCAUUUUAUACAUGACAAAUCAUUUUUUCAACUUUGUCGAUUUCAAACCUGACGCUUCCAUAGGAUGGUCCCUCAUGAUAUGCGCACUGCAGUGCUUUCGCGAGCCGGCGUGCAACGCGUACGCGCGACCCAUUCGCGACACUACGUGCUGCGUAUUAUUUAUCAGAGUGUCACCAGGUUCGAAGUUGACAGAGUUGAAAUAAUUUGCGACGCAUAGACUGGCAUGCAUCCCCUGCCAUGCAGCGAGGACGAAAUUUAGUGCCGAUUGUAAGCCUGCUCAGACGAGAAGUUAUUUGUAAAGAUAAUCGGGCAGCAUAUCGCCCAAUUCCAGUUUUCCCCAAUUAGCAUGACGAAUUGGAAUGUUUCGGCACUGCCGAAAUUGGGCAUGUGGCGCUCAGAACUUGAAGGCUCGACAGCUGUGGGAGAUUCAAAAAUAUCAAUAUGCAUUUGCAAGUUAUUUUUUAACUUUGUCGACUUCGGGCAUGACGCUUCCAGACUCUUCGAACUUGCCGACUACGAUCCCCGUGGUAUCCACUGCAAACAUGUCCUCUAGAUUUGGAAAAGUGGAGGCGUUCUUGCUUGUCGUUCAUUUCUGUACAAAUAUAGUCUGUAUUUUUGCAUCAUGACCACCAGCAAGAAAAGCGCGGCGGCGGCCGCUCUUGUCAUGCAUUAAAAGCGCAGCUUCUGGUGCCUCUGGUACACAUACGCACUGCGCAUGAGGAAGUGUCCGAAGAAAUUGUCAUGCUUGGGGACUGCGCUUCGCAUAUAUGUUCAAUCGUCUUCGUCACCACUCAGAGUCAAAAGUUUCCGAUCCCAACAUGCUUGCAAUGUAUACGUGGGCGGGAGGUGCAAGAGUUCGGCACCGACCAUGAGCACCCGGAUAAACAGACGCUGGAUAAGGAUUUUGUGGACCCGGAUGGCUUUGAAUAUGACGACAACUUGGAUCGUACCAGUGGCCCCUUUGCACUCGCGAACCGAGAGGUGGUGGAUGGCGCGCGCUUUACGGCGCGCCUUUUUAAACUUGGCUACGAAGACCUAGGGGCAGCGGAAAUGCAGCCGCUGGACGAAACCACGGGCGUGGUAAAGCAUCGCGACCCCGGAGGGCAGCUCUACGACUGGGAGCAAAAAUACACUGGCAGGCCCGACGUUGGCUGCGUCCGACUCGAGAACACAGACCUCAGACCAAGCCCAAAUCACCGAAGGUAUGGAAGCGUCAGGCCCGGAAUCGACAAAAACAAAGCUGAAGGAACUUUCGCCGCAGAAAACCCCUGCUAGCUGCAGCCCGAGUGUCUACCUAGGCGGAGCACCACCUAUAUCCCGCCUGUCAUGCUGUUCGGGCAAUAAAGAAGCUAUGCGUUCUGUUGUCGUGCUCCUUUAGUAGCUCUAUGUCUACCCCCGACUGACAUGUCUACAGUGGGCCGCAUUUUCCUGUUCCGCAAAGCAGGCGCUUUGUGCUUUGCAAUUAUUCCAGAUUGCAGAUCACUACAAAGGGCCACAAUCGUUCCUUACCUCCAGGGAGGGGGGGCGCGGGGGCCUCGCUUGCCAUCUCGUUUGAUCUUGCGAAGAUAAAACAGCUCCGAAAAAAUAGUGUAUAGCUGUCUGCCUGCCCUGCGCUUCAUUACGACUGAAGUUCGUUGCCACUGCACUUCGUUCGUCCCUAUUGUCUGCCAUGGAGCUAGAUCGCAAACUAGUACGCGAAUUGCCUUCCCUGUGUUCCCACGCACAUUGACGUCUCUGCCCUUUCGUCUUUUUCUUGUCGGUUGGCUUAUCUCUGGAAUACUUUUAGCGCUACGAGGCGGCCCCCGCGGGUUUUGCAGGGGCAGGCGUUUUUUGCUUUUUCCCGGCCAAGCGGCUGGCCGAAGCGGCUGGGCCAGCAGGAGUUUUGCAACUCUUGCGAGCCCCGGCGUUUUUUUUCCUACUUUCCGAGCCAGCCCCCGCGCUUACCGGCUGAAGGGCCGCACCCAGAAGCCCCCAGCUGUUUACUAACGUUAGGCGGAUGCAGUGGCGGUUUUGGUCGGGCCACGCCCUAGAACCCCACGCACUCACCACGCGCAACUGGCCACGUUCUGGCGGCAUAGAACGCACGGGGCUCACGCGAUUCAAGUGGCUGCGCCCGGCUUUUCAAGCCGGACCGCUAUGAUCUUCGCUUCGCACCGCACCGCAUUCCAAGCACUGUGAUCGAGGUGGUGCGUGCGCGUUUCGUACUCGCAAACAAAAAAAGCUGACAGCCGCACACAGCAAGCCUCAGGCUAUCUCUUUGUCGUUCAAGCAUGCGCCCCGUGGUGCCGCACGCCUCCAGCUCGUCAGUCUAGUCUUUUAUCUGUUAUCUCGCGUUUUCUUCGGUCGCGCAUGUCCAGUGGCGUCCGUAGCCCGUCCAGCCCCACGAGCUUUGCGCUCGACUCUGCAGCAUGCACCCGCGCAAGAACACCUGUCACGCUUAUACGGGCCGCCCCGCUUGCCAGCAUCAGCAUGCAAGCAGGCGCGCCCUAGAUUCGGAGUGCGGAGCCCUCCCCAAGCGAAAGAAAUACCCAACGCGCGGUUAGUGUAGAUCCAGGGCGUACCUGUUGCGCCGCAAGUCAACCAUAGAGCAGCUGCGUCGAUUUCGCGCCCGGCAUUGCCAUAGAAGGAGAGACGUCAGCAGGCGCCGGCAUCACAACGAGAUGAAACACCUAUCCUGUGCAAAUGUACUACGCAUUAUCGUGCCUGUUGUGCAAUGUGGCGCAACCCCUAGAAGCAUGCGACGGAUUUUACCCUCGCGGGGCGAGUUUGCUCCUCCGGGUACACCGUUAGAACUGUUGCCGAGUUUAUUUUUGGCCUACCUUUGCGCUGAUUCCUACUACGCGCGCCACUGUUUCGUCAGAGAUUCUGCCCGUCCUUUGUUGCCUGCACGGCAGGAGCGCCCAGCCUUGUCCCUUCCGACGUAGGGGGCCACCGUGUGUAGGCCAUGCUCAUGCAUCGCCCAGAUUACAGUCCAGGUCUUGGCUUCAUCCAUUUGCGUAGAAUUUUGCAAAGGGCUGAGCUUGUAUAUGUUACGCCUGGCGCCGCAUUGGUCUGCGGUAUAUCAUAUUGCGAUACUUUUGCAAUGCAUAGCACCGCAAGGCCUACAGCGAUCUUCUUGAAGAUGGGAAAGACAUGAAGAGUUGGGUAGUCGCCUCGAUCCAGUCUGCUGACGCAGUGUGGUGGGGACAAGAGGAAGUGUCGGAAGAGUCAAUAGAAAACGCAGCGGCACCAGAUGGCGACCAGGAAGAGUCAAUAGAAAGCGCAUGGAAAAGCACACCCGCACCAACUACGCAAAACAUUUGCCACACGCCCAAGAAAACGACGCGAAACGAAACAAGCUGACGCCAAUGAGCGCCGGCAAAGGUGGGGCUUGGGGGCAGCGAGUAGAAGACCACAGAGCCGCCGGCGAGGUCGCUGAGCCUCCAUACAAGCGCCGCCCAUGCGGAUGGAUAGCUUCUGUGUAGUACUCCCACCUGAAAGCGCCAGCUGCGCCCUUUUGAGAAUCCCCGCGCCGGGGCUUUUGCACUUGCAGGAGGGAGAUCAGUAGAGAGCCCGAGACGAAACACGGAGUAGAGCGGGGCGCCUUAAUGCAGAGCGAAGGCGGCAGACGUGCCUUCUUUGCACCAUCGCCACGAUGAAGGCCGCUGCUGCCCCGAGCCUAUCCGCCCCGGGCAUUAUCCUGGCCCCGCUAGAGCGAAGAUGGAGCCGGCGCCCACCGGCCUCACCAGAAGGCUUUGCGAUGUCGUUCUCCGCGCGCGCCGUGUUUGCUUCGGUGGCCCAUCCUGCGUCUAAUCGUCACACGAAGCCCACCAACGGGCCUCCCUGUUAGAAGAGUGGGCGGAGCCGAGCCGCGUGCGGGCGUAGAUAGGCCCCGCGUGUCAAUCCUCCCGCCCGCCUGUGUAGGUGGAGCCCCUCUCGCAUUCCUAACGGGGGGCGCCGCCACGUGCAGGCAACUGGGCGGGGCUCUCAUGGUGGGGCAAAUACUCCCCUGCCACUUGCGACGCAGCUAUUAUUUAGCGAGGGCGCCCAGAGCUAUGGGUCUCAUUUUGCCCAAUUUAUUUGAAGACGCCGCCAGGCCGGCCACCAAAGUCGCUGCUUCGCUUAACAAAAAAAAAACCAACAAACCGAAACGCCGCCAAAAGCAGCAAGCCCAUCGAUCCGCAUGCAAUUGGCCCGACCUGGGGCGCCCAGCCAAGGGGUGGAGCCUGCCGGAGGCCCGAGCCGAGCGGGGCCACGGCAUGCGGGGAGCAGGGUUUCGGGUUUUAAAGACAGGAAGACGCUGGCGCCGUGAUAUGUGCCGCCCCGCCCCAACGCCAUGUGGGGCAGCGUUAUGCGCACGGCGCGCUACUUGAAGAAAAUAGCCUGGCCCUUUUGCUAUCGGGAAUGCGCGCAGGCACUGCAGUAAAAUGGGGCCGGGCAGUCAAGAAAGCCGCUGGGACCCCACUACCCCCGCCGACGCGGCUACUACUGGCACCAGGCGGGCAACGGCAACCAUUGGCAGGGCCGGCCUAAAAGUCUGUGGAAUAGCCAUCACAGCCACACAGCCUCCCGCCCUCCUCGGUAUUCGAGGCGUCAGGCCUCGCGUUGUAGCACGACCGAGGGAGCAGGGCAGGGGGCCGCCUGUGGAGCAGCCGCCCGCGGCCUUUCCCGCUUCCGGCAACCGGGGGCAAUGUAGCACGCCAUUGCCGCCCCCGCAUGCCAGGGCAGGCGAGCGCAGUCGCGCCGCGGGAUGGGGGGCUGGAUGGUUAUUUGACAUCUUGGCGGCUUUCUUGUUCGCUCUGCGUGGAGUGUGCGGACCACUGGGCCCUUUCUGCUUUGUGUUUCGAGGAUGGAGACCCCGGCCCGCUUGGCGCAGCUGCGAACGCACGCGGGCCCGUCUGCUAGGCCUAUUGCGCUAUAAUUUUUCCGAACAGUUCUGCAAUUAGUCCGGACAGCGUAGUGUGAGCACGGUACAGGGCUGCCCGCGCGGCUGAUAGACGGCGCGCCCGUAUGGAGAGCACAACGCGCCGCCCAAAUAUCAAAGAGCCUGCGCACCGGCCGCGAGCAGCUGCAAGCGCGGCAAGCUGGAUGCGGGUGGGCGGUGGCUUUGCUAUCUAACGAAACUGGGCACCGCGCGGCGCAUCUACUAUGGUCCGCGCCUUGUGUCGGUUGGGCCUGUCCCGCCCGGCGUUGCGUUUAGGUUAGAUCAGUGCAGGUCAGUGCCCUGGCUUGUCGUUCCCCUGCCCAGGCGGGCGCUUGUGUGGCGGAGUUGUCUGUCAUUUUGCCAGGCGCAGGCCUUCGCGACGGCGAAGAAGUUUCCACGUCCGCCAUGAGGCGCGGAUCUGGUUGCACACACAGGCGAGACAGGCAGCCUGGUAUGGGUUUCGGGCAGCGGGCAACCAAGCGCAAGAAGAAAACGCGGCUGCGCGAUGGAGGGAGGGCUUCGCUGCCUGAUGGGCGGGGGCGAGCGGUCUGUCGCCAGGGCCGGCGCCGUGGUGCGUGUUUCUGUCUGACGAGGCUGAGGUGGUAGGCAACAAACUAAAACUUGUGCGCCCAGAUGCCCAUACGCAGGCCCUACGGCAGAGCGGGAAGCAAAGCGAGGCAGGCGCGCCGCGUGCGACUCCGCUAGAGCUGAGGCGUGGCGCGUCCAUGCGCGGCCCGAUAGGCAAAGCGCGCAGGCGUUGAGCCCGUUCCCGCCCCAGAGGCACGAUGGGCAAGCCCUUCAGGAGCCGGCCGCGCGAGGUGCAAGCAAGCACGCAGGACCCCCCGCAUCGUGUCGGCGAGCGAGUUCCGCCAUGGUUGCUUGGCCGAUUGGCUCCCCCGCUGCCUCCUGCGGUUCAUCGCGGCGGAGGUGCCGCCCGACCGCUUCUUUUUUGCGCGCCCGGGGAUAGUUUCGGGGCGCGCCACGGGCAUGCGCGUGGCCCUACAAGAUUGCUUUUAUCCGGGGCGUUCUGCGCCGCAGGGUCCGCCCCUUGUCCGCCAAUGCAUACACGCACCAAAGGCGACAGCGCUAGUGGGGGGAGGGGCAGCGGGCAAGCGACCGCGCCAUCGUCGUCAUUAUCUGCAGGCGGCCGCCGCCUUUCACAGCGCGGGCGCGCACUAAGUAAGUGGAAGCGCCCCCCCCAGUUCUCGCGGGCGCCCUGCUUUUCGCAGGCAAGCGGCAGCGGCAGGGCUCGUGGUUCGGGAGGGGUCCCGCGGCCGGAAAAAAGGCCAUGGGGUGCUGCCUAUGUGGGGCUUAAUGAAGCCGGGAGAGCCAGCGCGCCCGAUUUUUGUGUCUGAUUGCUUGGGCAAAGAGGCGCUUUUCCCUGUGCUUAACUCUUAAACAAAUUGCAGCGCAACUACCUGCGUAGGUGGUCCGGGUGCUUCUUGCUCUUUGAUGAAGGGUUGGACAUGAAUGGACAAAGUGACACAGGUCAGCCAGGUGCUUUGCAAUGAGAACGCGGCCGAGUCUGGAAAGCGACAGGGCUGGCUUCCGUUUCCAUGGCGUUUGGGCAGCUUUGCUUUAGUAGGAGGCCGCUUCUGAUGGUGAUGCUUUGCGCCCGGCCACUGUUUGCUUUUUAGAGGAGGAGGGCAAAGGAGCCCCUUGCUAUGGUAGCAUCUUGGCCGCUGGCGCUUUUGACUCAUGGGGGGAGCAAAUACGCUUGAGAGAAAAGCGGAACGCGCCGCGUCUUGCGUAGCGUUUGUUAGAAAGCGACGCCGUUGCGGCCCCAGCCGGCCAACCGACACCCAUGGGAGUAUGCGCGAAAUGGGCGCGGCGCGUCUUUGAUGUCAGGCGGGACCCGGCGCAUCCUGGGCGGCGGUUAUUCUGAGGAAAUGAGCGUAGUUGCCUGCGGGCGCAGGCGACUUCGUUCGGGGUGGGGGUUGCUUGGCUUCUUGUAGAUUCCACGAGAGAGGAGCGGGCGUGGCCCCCGUCCCUUCUUAUUUGCCAGCAUUCCAAGGCGCCCGGCGUUUUUCUAUGAGAGUGACGAAGCGGCCCAAUUGUUGCCGAGCCAAAAGCCUUCUACUUCGAUCGCUUCUAUUAAGGAGCCAGCGCAAAAAGUGUCGCCAAAACGCCCCGGCGGCAUCGGGUUUCAGCAGGCUGCGGCGACGGCGGUGCGAGAGCAUCCCUCUAAGGCAAGUAAGUAGCUUGGCCCGGCCUUGAACUAGCUGCGCCACCCAGUUUUGGUUUUGCCAUAAAUAAACGCGACACCAAAUCAAGAACAAGGAGGAGGCUGCGGCCGGAUCGCGGUGCUUGCCCCUCAGAUGAAGACCGCGCCGAUACUGCUGAGGGGCCCCCUUGUGAGGCCCCUAGACAAGUUGGCGGCGGUCGCCCUUCGCUUCCUUUAGUUUUUAUUUUCGCCGCGGCUUGUCUUUGUCAUGUGGAUGCCUUCUGAUGCAAGAUCUGCGACGACCCUUCGGCGCCUUUCUUAUUUAGUUCAAGGCGAGGCCAGCCCUUUUCCUGUACCUAUUUGCCUGCGUACCUUUUGCGCGAACGCCGUUCGUAACCCGACACGUGUGAAAUGAAAACGGCCAACAAAAUCAAAAUCAGCAGCCUACUGCGGGGGCUAGAUGGAAAAGGACCAAGCGCGUCGAGGUUUUUUGAAUCGGCAGCAGCUACGCCCCUUCUCCGGUCUCGUGUUUUGUUUCUCUAACUCGGGUUGCGUAGGGUUAAGGUGCUUCCGGGCUUGCAGGGUUGUUCCGGCUCUUGCCCAUUGCAAUCCGGCCUGCGCGCCCCCUCUGGGGGCGGCCGGUGGCCUCUAUCUUCCGUAAAGGGUCAGCCGUCUUGCCAGUUCGAGGCCCCUUGCUGAUUACCCAGUCAAGGGAGAAGCCCGGGCUCGCCUCCGCGCCGCCUCCCCCGGCCUGCGCUGCUUUUUGCAAUUUCUGGGGCCUGCAGCAAGCCUUGAAACGCCUACCGGCUCGGCUGCGCCUCCGCUCCGAAGCAGAAAAAACCAAAAAAGCAGAGGGCUGCGCCCGUUGGCUUCCGGUGUUGUUGUUGCAGCUGGGGGCGUUGUAGAUGGUCGCAGCGGUUAUAAGGGAAUGACAAAGCGCGCCGAGGUGUCAGCUCUUUGUAUCUUUCUAGCCAUUCCCCAUCUGCCGACAUGCGAUAAGAUAGCGACGCAGGCCGGUCCGCCUGAUGAUCUUCGUACAAGAAACCGCACCCCUGUGGCAAUGUGCAAAACGCCCAAGACGUUCGGACCGUGGCCAUUUUGGCGCAAGUGUAAACGGGUGGCCCCACUCGGAUACCCAAGAAGGAAGAACCGCCCCGACCGGGUCGCCCUCCUACUUUGAUGCGCUCGGGACUUACACCACCCAGAACGCACGUCGAAGAGAUAGGCAGGACGUUGCUCGUCUUCAAAUAAAAGCGCACGGCCUGCCUUGUUUCCGAUACAAAACCGGCCGGCUGUGUUUAUUAUUUUGCCCAGACUCCUCAAGCGCGCGGGGCCAAAUUGUCAAGCGCGCAGGGCCGAUCUCCCGCGUGCGCAAGGUAGAGCUUCCAAGCAUGCAAGGAGGGACGCUCGCGCAUUCUGCUCGGGAGGUCACCAAUGGGGUCGUGAUCGAGAGCAAGAAGAAAAGAGCACAAAGCGCAAAAAACCGAUGGCGCAGGGGGGCGCUGCCGUUGGGAUUCUCCGCGCCGACUUCUUGGGGUCGUUGAGAUUCUCGGCAGCAAUGGCGUAACUCUUGCCCACGGUCAAGCUCGCAAGGAUUUGGAGGCUGCGCUUCCUGGGAUUCAGGCGUAAGGCGCUCGAGAAUCGGCCCUACGCGCUUGGGAAUUCGACAGCAGGCGCUUGAGAAUUCUGGGCAAGUUAAUGAAGUGCGUCGGAAAUGGGGUCGGCCGUGCGUUUUUGUAUAGGCCAGCAGCGUCUUUGUUGCUUAUUUCUUCGCGUUGCAUUUUGGGCGGAAAAUGGCUAGGAAGAUACAAACGGGGCUGACACCUCCACGCACUUUUUCACUCCAUUGGACGCGCGCGCUGCAGCCAGUUGUCCUCCGGUAUGCCAGCAGCUGCCGGGGCUUGUUUUGUUUGGCAGCGUAGACGGCUAUGGCAAAGCGCCAGAGGGUGAAGAUCCCCCAGGUGGCCCGUCUCGUGCCGGCGCAAUACUCGCAGGAAAGGCCGGCGCGGGGGCGGGGCGUUGAUCUGGCCAGCUGUGGCCCGCUCAGUUUUCCCCCCGGGCCCGCUUUCUCGCUCCAGAACGUUCUGCUUCGGUGUCUGGCAGCUGUUACCGAUUGGCGCCGCCCCCACUGGGGGCGGAAGUAAGUGCGACAGCGAGGUGCUCAGUCCGCUACGUUGGCUUGUUGGCUUUUCUGUCUGGCCUGCUUUGGAAGCCGUGCUAGUCGGUUUUGGUGGCUGCCAUGCCUGGGCGCCACGCCGCAGCUUUUUCGUUCGGCCGCCCUGCCUCUUGUUGCAAUAAUAUCUCUAAAGCCCAGCGCGUCGGCUGCUGCUGCAAAGAAAAAAGAAUGCGCCCGGGGAUGAAAGCUUUUACGCCCUCCCCCAAGCGUCGACAAUUCAGCCGGCGCGCGGGGCUUUUGUUCUGCCCAGCGCUGCGCCCCUUUCGUCUUUUUUUUUGUGCUGAAGGGCCGGAAGGGUUUUGGUUGUGCCUCGCGUGGGUUUUCUGCCUGGCGUGCGGAGUUUUGCUGGUUUGGCGGGCAGGCACCUCGACCCGUUUUCCCAUCGAAGAAACCGCACGCGCCCCCAGCGUUUGCGAAAUCCCCCGGCGCCAGCCUUCCCGGCCGCUCAGAGAGGGGCGGCGGGGGCUGUAUCGGCCAGGCGCCGCCAUGUUCUGGCUGUGUGUCGUGCCCCUGCAAAGUUAUUGCCCUGCCGGCCCUCGCCUGCAAGUUUGGUAGGUCAUGACCUGGCCUGCUAUUAGGCGCCCCGGCGAAGUUGGCGCCGAAACUUACAAACGGGCGGCACGCCCUCGCGGGUUUUGUCGCCAAAUGGCGCCACGUUGCUCCGUCCGGUCGCAGCCCCCCAGGUGUUUCUCUCUCGGCCUGUGCUAGGUAUGGGCCGGCGUGGUCUGACCUCGGGGUGUUUUGGAUGUCGGCUUUGCGAGGUGGAGGAGGGUCGCGAGCACAUUGCAAAUGCUGGCGCCCUUCCCCAUAGCUCCGACGAGUAUGACGGCAAAAAAAGUUGCAGCCGGCAGGCCCGGGGCGCGCAAACGGUGAGGGCGCAGUGGCUUCAGAACGCGGCGCGCCCGCGGGAACCUCGGCAAAGCCGGGGCCCCCGCCCCCAUCCAUGCCCACGCCGUAGGCCCUAUCGAAGAUCUACUCUGCGGGCCCUGACGCGGUCGCCCAAGUUCACAAGCCGAACCGAGCGCGCUCCUGCGACCCACCAGAGCACGGCGGCGCCGCCCGGAUCAGUUGGGCGCGAGCGGCCGGGCUGUGGUGUAUGGCAGUUGCUUGGGCGGCGCCGGCGGAUGCCAUGCCCGCCCCGCGGGGAGGGCCCAAAGAAACGGCGCGGCCUAUUGCCGGCUCCUUUGUGUGCGUGCGCGCCUGGGGCGCGCGACUUCCGGCCGGUUCCGAUCUGGGCCCGCCCCACCGGCUCGCAAGGCUCAGAGGGGUUAGCCCAGCAGAUUCGGCGCGCCCGGCGCCCGCGUAGCUUCUAUCGAAUAGUUUCUAAAGCACUGCGGGGCCGGUAGAUCCCUGGCGGACGGAGAGGCGCGGAGCAAACGGGUUAGCCGAAAGUCGCUGGAUACGGGUCUGGCCCCCGCAGGCCUUGCGAGCGCAAUUUCGGAACUAAGUGACUGCUGGGUGGCAAAUCAUUUGGAGCCCGGCAGCACACAGCGGGGGCAUUUUCCCGGCGUGGCCCGCAAGUGCUUGGCGCAUCUAAGCACGCGCGCGGACGAAGAUGCAGGCUGCUGGCUGGGCACUUUCGAACGAUUCUUCGACUGGUGUUCUCGCGUGCGCAGGUGCGCGGUGUGGCUUGGUGUCUUUUUUCCGCGCACACAUUCGCAGACGCACGAAGCACAUGCCAGCGUCGGGCUUUUUCCGAAGUCGCUGGCCACUCUUUUGAUGCGCAGCACCUGGCUAGUGUUCGUGGUUUUGUCCUUUCAUAGGCAACUUGAGGAAGACGUAUGGCGCGCACGAGCCGACGAGGCCAAUGUGUGGGCUAAAGAAUCACCCCAAGACACUCUGAAACCCGGCACAAAUGGAGUCUGUGUCUCGUACCGCACUAUAGCGGUAAAAUUGGCACUCGGCUCCAGAAAUCGCGAAACUUUAUGGGCCGCCGAGGGCGGCCGACGACCUAGCUGGAUGUGAUGCUGCAGUGAUAGGACGAGAGCGGCCCUGCCAUUUCUGCGUCGCAUAUGUGGAGAAGAAGUGAGAGAAUGUCCAUAGGCUAAUCGAGGUAGCUUGUCGCGGUGGUAGCUAGUUGAAAAUGUGACAUGUGGUCGUAGAUGUGAUUCCGUACAUCCUGGCUUGUAUGUUUCUGCUUUUUGUGUCUUCAGCGCGGACCGGCGUAGCUUCGCCAGGCUCUGCAUGUUGGGCGCCCAGGGCGCUGCUGGACCGAGCCGGGGGACCCCGCGCGCCUGAUCAUCUGACUGACCGAACAUCUCACGCGCUGGCUAUUUUAACGCAUUUAGCUGGACCGCGACAAGCUUAGCUACUUUAUGACCCACAUUCGCACUAAUGAACAAAUAGAGACGCGCUCGGAAAUAAAGUAGAAAAGGUCGGCGUAGACGACGGGGAAGACGGGGGUGGACGAGCGGGGGCGGGGGCAGGGGAGAUCGCUGGGCUGGGAAGGGGCGGCAAGGUUGUCGAAUAUUUUUCCGCUAUAUUGAGUACGAGUGCCAUUUUUUCCGCUAUACGCGUGUGCUUCGCCUUAUGUGCCGCGUUCAAGGAUUGCCUCGGCUUUGUGUACGAUAGGAACGCAAUUAUGCCGGGGGCCCACCCAUACAACGAUAAAGGAGUGGGGCCAGAGAUUGCGAGCGGUUCGGCGUGGGGUAGCGGUUGGCCCGAUGCCAGUGACUAUAGCUCCGGAAACCAGGGAACGCAUGACUUCGGCGAAAAUGGGCUUCCGCGUGCGGAAUUCGACGGAAGGGGACACGAUACGCUUGACAAGGAAAGGCUCGAGCACGACGGCACCGACGGAACCGAUGGCGCCGACUACUUCGAGGCCUACUGGAAUGCUGGAGAUGCCGUCUGCGGAGCGAACCGUGACCAGGAUCGGAUGGGUAACGAGACCCGGAGCUGUUACUUUUUAGGCCGGGAGAACGAGGACUACACAAAGUGGCCCGUGGGCACCGGAACUGCUCAAGGCGGUAGCUGGGCGGAUGCGAACAACCCUGCAGCCCCGUGGAACAGCGAUCCGGAAGACGACACGCGCCUCACCUUCAAACACGUGAAACCGGAUGGCAAAUGUUGCAUGGCAAACACGCAGGGGGACUAUGAAGCGGAGCUCUACCAGAAUCUAUCAACCGCAGGCCAAUGCGUCUGGAUCUGCUGGAAAGUUGUCUGCUACCACUUUUACUAUGUAACAAUGACAGACAGAUACAGACAGCAGCGCCCAAAUCGUCGCGAUUGUUGAUCUUCCUGACGCAGCCCUGCGCUGCGCAGCCAACUGCGUCCUCGGCUGACGAAUAGGUAUAAGGGCCGCAACAUGAACAUGCAUGACAGAGACAACUACGGGCGUGCUGCUCGCGAAGCAUGCGCGGUAUCUAAGUCGAGCAUUGCAACGCGCUGGACCUUCCAGACCCAGACACAUUUGCAGCCAAUAGAAGCCCGGAGAACCCAAUUUGGACACUUUGAUCAUGACCCCGACCUGCCGCAAUGCGGCUCGAGACUCGCCUCAACUGUCGCUACUGAUUGACAAAGUGAUUCAAGCCAACGAAGACAUCGAUUUACCCUCAGGACCCACCUUCGGUGCGGGGUCGGACCCCGCACCCAAGGUGAAAGACAACCUGAUCACGAGUGCAAAUCGGCGUCGGGGUUGCCACCUAGGCUCCACCAUGACUGCUGUAUGGUUGCGUCAGGCGGGAAAUCGACAAAGACGAAAAUGAAAGACGUUGCAACGCAUAAAAGCGCCGACGCCAAUUCUUGCACCCGCCGUCUGCUCGGCGCUUGGCAUAUUUUCCCAACGCCUGCAGCAAGUUUGUCACUCUGUUCAGGGCAAUGAAUUCAGAAGUAGGGCGAAGCUCCCUUAAUGUGUCACGCCGUGGAGCACCCCAACUCUUUACCCUUAGGCUAGCAGGACUCUGAUUUGCUCUCCCUGAAGAUGCUUGCGUCCUUUGCUAGAUACUAUUCGUUGCAAAGAGUUGAAGUUGCGUUGUGACCGUUCCACCUUUGUCAAUUUCGGGCCUGGCGCCUCCAUAUCCAGCCGACCUAGAAGCCGCGGGCGUGCCAACCGCAAUAGCUUCCCUCUACGAUGCGGGGUCAGUUUGCUCAUAUACAGAAGAUGAUGAUGAUGAAUGAGAGUUUUAGGGUUCUAGUCCAGUUUAACCCCACCACUCAGUGUGCAGCCUUGUACCCCUCCACAGUUCCGCUGACCUUGUGUGGAGCGCGAUUCCGAGGCGCGCAAUUGCGAUGGUUGUCUCAGUGGGCGGCAGGGGUGGCGCGUGCAGUCCGUGAAGGCGCCCGCACAAAAAGCAGCAGGUGCAUAUGUUAAAGCGCUCGAAGGCCAGCGGCGUCAAAGUCGUCCGGCGCGAACCGUCCGGGGGCCCAUUGUUUGGAAGGGUUUGGCUCCUCGGAUUUCAGUAGUUUUUUUCAUGCUAACGACGCGACAGAAACUUUUAGCGAUUUUGCUCCACUACAUACUACCGCUGAGAUUUAUUUAACUGUUUAUAUAUUCAACGCCUGCACUGCGACUACGAUCGCAGCUAGGCCCAGCGAUCAGCGAGCGUAGCGCCCUAAGUUUUGCGAGUAGUCUAUUUGUAAAGAUAAGACCGGCGGCAAACGCAGUGCCUUAUUGUUGUCAUCACGUUUUACGACGGAACUUCAAAAGCGGAAGCAGUAGUAGCUCAACUCUCCUCCUAGAAGCAUUGCGCAGCGUCGACAUCUCGUCGCUGGGCCUGGGGUACAGCAUGGUAUUAGUACGAGUAGGGCGCAGAUACCGCUUGCGCCUUUUUCGCUUGAUUUAGGUCCGGCGCGAUUAAUCAAAUCGGGCUUCUUCUCGAUAGGGUCGGCCAGACCCUAGCCCCCGAAGCCCCCCUCCCCAAAUCGGGGGGCUGGUUAUCGCGGGCCCCGAGCUCGAAUCGGACAACCGGCACCACGGCGCAUUUUGCGCCUUGUCUUUUUUUUCCAACCAAAGCGACAGCGCUGGGCGCUGCUUCGCUUCGCUUGGAAGAUGCUCCUUCACAGCGACCAAAGCAAACAGCCCGGACAUUCUUGCGCGAUUUCUUUUCUGUGUCGGUUUUUCCUGAAAGGGGGGCUCAGGUUCUGUCGCGGUCGGUUUUUCCGAGCGGCAAUGAGCCGCAAGCGAAAUAAACAUCGCCGCCCGCUUCUGUGCUAGCUAUUGCGUUUUUUUCUCCACCGCAAAUGCGGCCAGGUCGCCGCCUUCCGGAGAGCAGCACGCAGCGCAGUUGUUUCGCCGAAGAUCAUCUAUUCCACAGUCAAGCAGCGGAGUGUCACCGCAGCAGAUCGCGGAACUACUUCGGCACCGCAUGCGGAUAUUUUUUCGUGCAGCGGGCCCGCCCCUGCGUCUUUUGAACAGCGCGGCGGCUGUAGUUCCUUUCCUUGAAAGAAUGGGCGCGCCCUCUCUACUGCUUUGUUUUCUCGAUUAUCCUCCUGCCUCAGGAAGUACGAAAGGCAGAGAAAGGACCGGCGCGCUUUCGUGUGUGUCUUGCUCCUGGCAAAAUGUUGCGUUCGCCUUUUUUCUUAUCCAUCCUUGCGCAGAGUGGCUUCCCAAAAAGACGGCUCAAAAGAGCCGGGAGCUCUGGGCGGAGCGGGUUGGGGAGCUGAGCAGCGUCUAGGGCGCGAAUUGGGCUCCCGGGCCGCGAGUUGACCGCCCGGCCGGCCGGCACCCCGUGAGGCUAACUUGCGGGCGCGAGUCAACGACGCACUUGUUGCCCCGCUCUUGAUGUCGGAUUUUUGACAUCGGACCGCGAGCGGAAGUCGAUCGGCUAUGUUUUGGGAUGGACAGUCGGACGACCGACCGUUGCUCUGCCCUUCCUUCUCGUUAUCGAGAAAGGGGCCCACUGCUCGAAGCUGUGGCCGGCCCCACAGCCUGCUUUUGCUUUACAGGAAGAGCCCAAGGAAAGGCCCAGGCAAAUUGUUCACUCAUGGUUUGUGUUUGGCGCGCAUGUUGAUGCUUGUGGUAGUCUUCGGCGACCGCAGGGCCUGCGACUGAUGUGGUUUUUGCAACGUGCCGGGUAUCAUAGAAGGAAGCGAGCGACGCACUUUCGCUCUCGCGUAUUAGAACGCCAGUGAUCUGCUCUGCAAUACAAUUCAAGAAAAAAAGGCGAUAGACAGCAACUUGUAAAGCACAUGGCACACGAGGCCAGCUGGACUGCCUCAAGCUGUAUCAGGUUUGGUUGGAGCGGCCGCCCCGUUCUUUAAUUACAGACAAGACGAAGCGCGUUGGAUGCGAUGGGCUCGAAGCGUAUUGCUGUGGUCGCUCCAUUGAAAUUGAUUUGGAAGCCAAGGCUGCGAUGUUGCUUCGAUUCAUUUGGGC